AGGGCAGGCGGGGCUGCUUAAAGCGAGCCUCGGGCACGCUCGCUCCCUUCCCGGCUCUAGCCAGAGCCAAUGAGCCGCUCCUCGAGCGCCUGGCUCGCCUCGCUGGCAGCGCCGCCCGGGGCAACACACUCCGCCUCCUCAAGGUGCCUGGGAGGCUCCCUUCCCGCCGCCAGUUGCAGCCGGUUCGCCCGCUGACUGGAGAAACCCCGCGUUGCUGGCGUGCGUGUGAAGCAGCAAGGUGGGUGGCUGGAGGGCCGGGUAGCGUUGCAGUUCAGGGAGUUAGUUGCUAAGGGCGAGUUUCCGCGGAGUUGCAAGCAGCGCACCUGCCUUGCCCUGGCGCGCGGUUCACCUUUCAGCGCCGCCAUAGGCGAGCAGGCCAGGAGUUUUUAAACCUCUUCGGCUUCCUCUUCCGCGCGGCCCAGUCCUCUCCGCGUUUAGUUCAGUCAGUAAGGGCUUAACUUUCAGGUAAGUGCUGGGACCUGCUUUCCUGCAACCUGCGCUAUUCUUAGCUGUGAAUGGCCUCUGGGAUAACAGCCCUGUGAGAGCACCAUAGGAUGCUUCCUUAUCCUCUUGCCAGAAAUUGAAACGGGUUUUUCGUUUGUAUGCUUGAGAUCCCUUAGCCUGGGUUAGUUAUCCUGGAACUACCUUCUUGUGUUCACUAUCUCAGUGGUUAAAUAAUAAUAAUAAUAAUAAUAAUAAUAAAUUUUAUUAUAUGUACCUUGCCCAUCUCAAUGGGUUGCCCCAGCCACUAUCGGUAGCUUCCAACAUAUAUAAAAACAUAAUAAUAUGCUGUAUUACACAUUUAAAGAUUUCCCUAUACAGUGGUACCUCAGGUUACAUACGCUUCAAGUUACAUACGCUUCAGGUUACAGACUCCGCUAACCCAGAAAUAGUGCUUCAGGUUAAGAACUUUGCUUCAGGAUGAGAACAGAAAUCGGGCUCCGGCGGCACGGCAGCAGCAGGAGGCCCCAUUAGCUAAAGUGGUACCUCAGGUUAAGAACAGUUUCAGGUUAAGUAUGGACCUCCGGAACGAAUUAAGUACUUAACCUGAGGUACCACUGUACAGUUGGAAGGGGCGAUUCUCCUUUUCAUUUCCAGCAAAAGAUAAGCAGGUCAGAGUUUCCUUUUUCCCUUUUUCAUUGUGUAGAUGGAACCAAACACCAGUCAUGGAAGAUCGUAUCUCUUUGGGCUAGUUAAAUGGUUUUUAUUUUCAUAUAAUAAUAACCAGAGAUUAUUAGAACUUUAGUAGAAGGCUGUGAAGAAACAUGCAUGGAAGGGUGUUUUAACACCACGUUUUACUACUUCUGAUCCAUGUUGAUUGUCAGUUAAUCAGUGGUAACUAAUCUGCAUAAAAGUUACAAUCCUAUUCCUGUCUGCUCAGAGUAAGUCCCGCUGAAUUCAGUAGGGAUUACUUUGAGGUAAAUGUGUAUAGGAUUGCAGCCUAAAUGAUAGUAAAUACACAUUCUGACUGUAACUGUUAUUACGGAUUAAUCCCAAAUAGAAGAGGAGGUGCCACCCUCAUCCUUAUUGAUGGAGCUGAUCCACUUUUGCAUGUAGCACGAGAAAGAUGAAAAACCUUUACAUCUUGACCCUAAGCAAGUCCCGCUAUAUGUAUGGUAUCAUGAAAAACUCCUCCAUGUAUUUAUAAGAAUAACGUUUUUAACUAGAAGUCAUUUGCUAUUUGGUCAAAAGCUAUGACUUCAUUGACCAUUUUUAACUGUUAGACCUGCUUGGAAUUAUUAUGACAUAGGACUAGUAAUCCAGUUCCGUACCCAUUUUGGAAGUAAGGUUCAUUGAGGUACGAAUUACAGAUAUACAUCUUCGCAAAGUGUUAGAAGGUCGUGCAACAAUCUUUAUUAAACUACAUUUUAUUUAUACAGCUAAGACAGUACUUAUAAGAAUAUAUAUAUAUAUUAAGUAUGUAUGCAGGAGAAUCUUCAUUAUUUCAAUCUUAAUGUCCAAAUUAAAUUUGUAUACCACAGAUUCAUGAUCAGCAUCAUUGCAGAGUAGCUAUUUAGUAACAGCUUUAUGAAAUCAAUGGGAUUUAAGGCUGCAAUCCUAGCCCCACUUAAUCUGGGAGUAGGCCUCACUGAACUCAGUAGGGCCUACUUCUGGGGACCGUGCUGUUUAUGUGUUUUAAAGUUUGCAACUCUAAUAGCAGUUCCAUUUAUGUAAAUCUCUCACUGAGUAUUUUGGAAGCUGCCUCCUUUUCCCUGUCGAUGUGUGAGGUUUCGGUGUAGGUGGAUGCUCACGUUCUUUAAACAAGUCAACAUUCUGUUAUCAUUUCGGUUUACAUUUUUCAUCACAGUAUUUCAUUCCUUGAACUCUUGUUCCCUAAACUCUUGUACCAGAACAAAACAUCAAAACAUUUUAAGCUGAUAGUAUAGAGCACCCAAGAUACCGACAAAGCUUAAGAUUUCAGUUGCUCUAGUUUCCAUGCAGGUUAACCCAUCUGAAUGGGCAGAGGCAGCGCAUCUGUAUGUGCAAAGAAAUGCUUAUGUAGAUCUGAUUCCUCCGCAGAAUAAAAUUGGGUCAAUUCAUUUGUUUAUUGCACUGUGUUAUUUACAUAACAUAUGUGUAGCUAAAUGUAUGUGCCAUGGGAUACGCAGUGAAUACGGUCAACUCCCGAUUUGUGCAGGAGUUGAGUUUUGAGUCAUCGUCCAUCCCCUUUUCCGGCCAUGUCUGGGUUGCCACGAUGUGCGUGGUCACACGUCUGUUGGUGGCGUGUAAAUCAGUCAUUGCCCGUGCAUGCCAAAUUCAUAUAAGAAGUGGACCUUAGAGUUCAUUUGAUACAUUUAAUAUGUAACUGGACAGCUUUAUUUAGUAUGUUAUGCAUGGGCAUAGCCAGGAUUUUUUUAAAGAGGGGGCAUGCUUUAUGUUAGGAGGGGCAGACACAAUUGGUCAGUUAAGUAUUUUCAUUUACUUACUUGAUUGGUGGUGGGCAGCUGCCCCCCUAGCUAUGCCCAUAAUGUUAUGGAUUAUCAAAUUUGCACUGUAUUCAAACAUUCAUUAAAUCAGGAGUGGGGAAUCUGUGACCUCCAGCUGUUGUUGGACUCCAACUCCCAUCAGUGCCAGCCAACAUAGUCAGUAGGUGGGAAGGAUGGGAGCUAUAGUCCAGCAAGAACUCGAGGUUCACAGGUUCCCCAUCCCCACAUUAUGCUUAAGCAAGAUGUGCAUAAGACUAAGUUGUACAAAAGUGUUAAAAUGUUUUGGAUUUGAUUUAUUUUAACUUCUUGAGGCCCGAAUGUAAUAUACAUUCGAAAGCUAAAUCUCCAUAUACAGAAUUCUCCUCCUAAGGUUCAGCACUUCUUAGCAAGUGGUGUCUUUGCUUAUGAGUUGCAGUGCAAAGUUAUGUGUUAUAUGUUUUCUGUUGCAUAGAUUGUGAACAAAGUAAUCCACAGAUGUUCUGAGGAAAUAUAAUGAUGCAAUUCAAUUGCCCUAUCCAAAUAUUUAUCUCACAACUCAUUGGGUUGCAGAUUGUUUCCGCUUAUAACCACCUGAAAUCUCCAACUUGUUUUGCAUUUAUGCAAAUUCUCGAGUAGAACUCUCAAUCAGCAGUUUUCACAGGGCAAAGAUUAGGAGAAAAAACAGGACAUUCUUAUAUUUGUUUGCCUUCUAGCUGUGUAAUCAUUGAAGAAAAGACGGCAUGGUAGGCUUAUCAUGGGAGGGGGAAAAGUACUUUUAUCCUGAUCUGGCACAGAAACAGGAAUGUUGCUUCCUUGUUUUGCUGGCAGAUUAGUUUUUUACAGUGUCUUGUUUUAAACACAAACUAUCAGCACAAUUCAAAGUGCUGGUGCUGACCUUUAAAGCCCUAAACGGCCUCAGUCCAGUAUACCUGAAGGAGUGUCUCCACCCCCAUCGUUCUGCCCGGACACUGAGGUCCAGUGCCGAGGGCCUUCUGGCGGUUCCCUCGCUGCAAGAAGCCAAGUUACAGGGAACCAGGCAGAGGGCCUUCUCAGUAGUGGCACCCGCCCUAUGGAACGCCCUCCCACCAGAUGUCAAAGAGAAAAACAACUACAAGGCUUUUAGAAGAGAUCUGAAGGCAGCCUGUUUAGUGAAGCUUUUAAUGUUUAAUAGACUAUUGUAUUUUAAUAUUCUGUUAAAAGCUGCCCAGAGUGGCUGGGGAAACCCAGCCAGAUGGGCGGGGUAUAAAUAAUAAAUUAUUAUUAUUAUUAUUAUUAUUAUUAUCAGUUGUUUUCUUUGUAAAGAGAAAUAUUUUUCAAAUGAAUUGAUCUUUCUCAGAGGCUCUUCAGGUCAAGUAGCUUAUCUCCUUACUGUAAUUUCUAAUUUUUCCCUUUUGGUUUAUACUGAUUGUUUAUACCUGGGCUUCUUUGUAUGUUUAUAUAUAUUUGUUAGUUUCUUGAUAACAAUAUUCAAUGAGCAAAUAUAAUAGCUUAACAACAUUUUUCAAUACAAACACACACCGAGGUAACACAAUUGCAGCCCUGAACAUAUCCACUGACAUAAAGGCAUAAGUAAUUUCAUAAGGCUAAAACAUACGUCCAGCUGACAGAGAUUAAAUCCUUUUAGUACUAAAUUAAUUGCAACAUUAAAACGAUAUAAUCCUAAAAUACUGGGUGAAUAGUAGAGGCUUUCCUUAGUUCUGGGGGUUGGACUAGAUGACCCUUGGGGUCCCUUCCAACUCUACUGUUCUGUGAUUCUAUUAAAAAAAAAUACUAUCUGUAGGUGCUAGGCAGACUUCUUGGGGUAAAGGGGGAGACAUUCUGUACCUGAAUUGUCUUGAUGCUGCAAGAUAAUUCAGAGGCGGAUUCACUUAGCACUUUGGAAUGCAGGACUGAUCAAGAGAAUAAUGAACCUCCAAUUAUUAGAUAUUUCUUGAAUAGCAUAAUUAGGGAAUGCAACCUCAUGCUGAGGUGGUUCUUUGAAUUGGGGAGGGAAUGACUGGGAAUUGACCACUCUGUGUUUUCUUCUGGCAUGUUUUGUGCUCAUCUGAUAAAUGCACUAUCCUGAACUUUUAGAAAUGGGACAAUUAUGUUAGAAGUCCCCAACAUGGCAUUUUUGCACUCCCGUGCAUACAACCAGCUUAAAGGCCAAACCACACAUUACUUUUCUAAAACUAAAUAACCAAAAUAACCCUUUUACAUAGCAUAAUAGAAAUGCGUUCUCAGUUGCUGUGCAUGUCCCAGCGGCUAGGUUUUCUCUUUAGCAGUUGUGGAAACAGCUGUUGGAAAGGAAUCACUCCUCCACUUUUGCGUUUACUGCAGGGAAACCCAUCUAUUUAAAUGUUUAUAUGCCAUUAAUAACAAGCACUGUACAUUUAUUUUGCCAUUUAAAUUUAAGUACUUUUUGUACAGUACAGUACUUGACUUUAAAAUGAUGUAAAUGGCUCUUAGGUAUUCAGUACCGAACAAUUAACCAAAGGCACUUAAUUACAAAGCACCUGUAUAAUUGUUCAUCAUCUCAGUGAAACCACUAGUAGUAAACUGUCAUGCUGGUACCCUCAGCCUUAUUUUAAAAAUAACAGUAUUCCGGAAUACAUACUGGGGAGUGGAGGUGAAUUUAGAACAGGACAUGCCUGUUUAAGGCCACAAAAUAAAAAUGCCUUAAGCAAUCAUUGGUGCUUUACACCUUCCUAAUUUCAGAGAGGAUGCCAGUCCUUUGGGCAUGCUGAGGAUGUAUCAGGGACACGAUAGCUAGUUUUCCUUAGAAAAUGGCUUAUGCACUGAGUAUUAUUUUCCUUUUAGUAAGGGCCAGGGUAUGAGAGUAAGUAAACCCAGCUGAUUCAGUCCCUAGUGUUUGAUCUAUUAUUAUCCUAGCUUGAAAAUUGCACAACUGAACACUUCGAAUAAUUCAUGUUUCAGAGCAGUAAUGUUAGGCUGGAUGACCUAAUGUCAGUUGAUUUUUCAAGCUAUCAGGUAGUUAUUAUUAUUAUUUUAUUAUUUAUACCCCACCCAUCUGGCUGGGUUGCCCCAGCCACUCUGGGCGGCUUCCAACACAUAGAAACAUAAUAAAACAUAAGACAUUAAAUUUUUUUCAAUACAGGGCUACCUUCAGGUGUCUUCUAAAAGUUGUGUAGUUCUUUAUCUCCUUGACAUCUGAUGGGAGGGCGUUCCACAGGUAGGGCACCACUACUGAGAAGGCCCUCUGCCUGGUUCCCUGUAACUUCACUUUUCACAGCAAGGGAACCACCAGAAGGCCAUUUGAGCUGGACCUCAGUGUCUGGACUGAACGAUGGGGAUGGAGAUGCUCCUUCAGGUACUCCUAAGGCCAGUGCAGCAGGGGUGAAGUGGGGUGUGUGGGGUGGAAUGGCAAUUUGAAUAGUAGUUAAGUGACACUGCAAAUACGAAACAUUCCUUGAUAACUUACUGUAGUUUCAGCAGUUUUUAUCUUUUUUAAAAAUCUAGAUCUGCUCCCGUUCACACAUUAGCAAUAAUAAAAUAAAACAGCUCAGAUGUGCUCCAGUUCUCCUAAAAUAUCUCCUCGCAGCAAACUUCUCUAAAGGGAAAGUGACUGUCCAGACAAGUUGAGACUUUGCCUAGCUGCCUCUUGCCAUACUAGAGUUCAAAAUUACGUAAUGUCAAAACGAAGGAGAGGCUGCUUCACGGUGGGGCAGGGGAACUUAGCGUGCUGUGACAUAGGGAACAUUUGCUAUUAUUUGUUAUACACAUUAAAGCACCUAAUGUUUUCUGUGUUCUGUACAGAUACUAAAAGAUAAGGCUAUCUGUAACCUGCAAUAGGAAAGGAAUGGUGGAGGGGGCAGGUUCACCUUCAGUGGCUGAUGGAAGGGGCCAGGCUGGGCCCCCAUUUGCCAUGAUGCUUUUCCUGGUAUGUAGUGAUUAAGUGCAGGCUCCCAGUGGCUCUUGGUCUCUCUGCAAGUGACAGAGGCCCCAGUGUGCCUCCCUUCAGCAAGGUAACUGGCAGUUGGUGCAGAGUGCAUGUUGCCUACCUUUGACUAAGACAGGUUAUAUGGCCAACUUUUCAUAUAAUUGUAGAGUUGGAAGGGACCCAAGGGUCAUCUAGUCCAACCCCCUGCAAUGCAGGAAUCUCAGCUGAAACAUCCAUCACAGAUGGUCAUCCAGCUCUGCUUAAAAACCUCCAAUGAAUGAGAGUCCACAACCUUUCUAUAGAGAUGACUGAUCAUACAAAUCUGUAGUUUUUGGCUUACAGGUUCAGUAUCGAAGCAAGAUUGAUAUCUCAGUUAGGUCUCACAGAAUUGCCCAUUGAAUACUAUAGAACUAGGUUCGCUCAAGGGACUCAUUUACUUAAGGGGCAAAGUCAUUCCAUGCAUGUCCUUUGUCUAAAGCUUAUGUGUUACCCUUAACUGGAGACAUUUCAGAACGACCUAAAAAAAUUAAAAAUCACAUAACCUUCUUUUCUCCUUGUGUGGAGGAACAAGACGUACAUAAGUUAAUAGCUUACUUACCACUUACUUGCCUUUGGAUUGCAAACACUUCCAAUGAGAUUUCCUUCUGUUUCAUUGUAAGUAGGAGAUAAAAAGGUUCAAAUAAUCACCCUGAUAGCUCUAUGCUUUUUUGCCACUUCAAAUAAACUAAUAUAACAAUGUAAACCUACAUGAUCAGCUUACUAAGCUUGAAAAUUUGUGAAGCUGUUUUACUGUUUAUAAAUGAAUUGUCCUCCUUUUUCAGGGGAGAGUAAGUUUGAAUAAAUAAAUAUUCUUUAUUUAUUUAAAGUGUUUUAAGCUGUUUCUAAUGCUGUGCCCUUAUAAAGUGAUAUGCUGAGGAGUGAGAGACAAGGUACAAUUAGUCACAGCAGAACAGAUGUGCAGAUUAAUGUGAGAAAUUGCUGUGAUGACACAAACUAUUUAUGGCAUGACAGAGAUGUUGCUUGUGUUGUGACCACAAUCCAGAUAAACUGGAAUUCUUUCAUAAUAAAUCAACUUAGAUGCCUCAACAUCACGGGGAAAUAGGUAACAUGCUUGUGUUCAGGGGUAGCCUAUUGAAGUAUCUUGUCCUUGGAGCUGAGUAGCCAAUCUAUACAUUAUGCAGAAUAAGGUGACAGGAUUCUGGGCAAUGCCAAUGAAGACUACAGGUGGAGGACUCAGUAAAACCCUACAUCUGUUGCUCCUCCACUUAAAAUAUGGCAUCUGUACAUACUAAGUUACUGAAUCGCUGAGAAAUGUUCAGCUUCUUUCUAAUGUACCAGAUUUCAUGCAAGGACAGUCAGAAGUAUGUUUCUCACCCUUUUACAGUCCAGAAUGCUACCAUCUCAUCCUGCAUAAUGCAUAGAGAAGCUGUUGGACCCCUGUUGCCACUAUUGUUUAUCCUAGUAAUAGAAAUGUUAACUAGAGAAAUACAAAAAAUAAUAACGAUGAAACAACAGGAAUUAAGGUUGGGCAGAGAGAGUACAAAGUGGAAACCUUUGCGGACAACGUUGACGUUGGAAAAUCCAAUGGAAAGCGUCCCAAGGACCAGGGCCAUCUUUAGCAGAUGCGGCGCUGGGGUGCAAAUAUCCACCCAGCGCCCCCAAAUUACCACGGAUGGGGGGGCGAAGCUGUGCACUGCCAGCCAUGGAGAGGGGCGCAACUCUCCCCCAUGCCGCUGCAGGAGAGCAAUCGCUGCAGAGGCUUGGGAGGGAAGCUGCGCGCCCACCAGCCAUAUGGUUGAUGGGGCACAGCGGGUGUGCAGGGAAAGGGGAAGCCACCGGCAAAGCCGCACAGCUCCCCCACUCGCUGGGGCACCCCUGAGAGGCCGUCGCCCUGGCGCAACACACCACUAAGCCCAAUGGUAAAAAUGGCUCUGCCAAGGACAAUACAAACUAUAACAAAAAUUGGCAACUUAGCAGCAUUCUAUAUAAAUAAGAAAAAAACAAAAAUGAUAGCUAAAAAUCUAGACUCACAGGCAAAAGAAAGACUUGAGAAUAUUACGGGAAUUAAAAUGGAAAACAAAUAUUUGGGGAUAUGGAUAUCAGCUAAGAACUUAAACAUUUUCUGGGAUAACUAUGUUAAAAUCUGGAACGAAAUAAAAAAAGAUGUAGGAAAAUGGACUAGAAUGAACCUUUCUUUGUUAGGAAGAAAGCCUUUCUUUUGUUAGGCAGUCAAAAUGAAUGUUUUGCCCAGUAUGAUCUUUUUAUUUCAAACAGUGCCAGUGAUAAAUAGCCCAAACAGUGGAAGAAAAACUUGACAAACUUGAUUUGGCGGGGUGGGGGGAGAAUUCCAAAUUACGCAAGUUUAAAAUCUGACAGAUGUAAGAGGGGGCUUUGCACUUCUGAAGACUUUCAGGCUCAGGAGUGAAAGAAGUGAGCUUAUUCACAGGAAUGCAUACUGACCAGGUGAGCAGCUGUAUCCCUCAAUAAAUUAUAUACUAAGUGCCCCCCCCCUUAAUCUUUCCCCUGAAGUGCCUUCAGAAUUAUCAUAGAAGCACAAGGCUUCAGGUCAUAUGCAUAGCCCUUUAAGCCUAAAUGCUAUCUGCUUAUUGGUGAAGUUUCACAUGCAAAAUUGUUUCUCUUGUAUAGCUCACGAUUGGAGAAAGUUUGUCUGCUACACUUGAGCAUGCAAGGAUCUAGUCUAAUUGAGCCCUAUAUCUGAACAGAGAUUUUGGGUGCAAAUAUAUGAGACCUGAAGAAAUCUAUCAUGUAAAAAAACAGCCACACGGAUGAGAAUUAGACCAGGGCUCGUUUGUUUUUAUCUUUUUGUCUCAGUGCAAAUGCAUUACAGUAUUAUGUAAUUUUGUUUAUGAACUAUUGGUAUGGAAUUCAGAGGAUAGGUUAGACAUUUUUCAGGGCCAUGUCAUAGAAGAGUGGGUAUAGUAGUGGAAAAACAUUGGAAAAAUAAUUUGUCGCUGCAGAUUUAUUUGCAUCCAUGAGACUGAUUUGAACUCUAUACAGUGGUACCUCGCAAGACGAAUGCCUCUCAAGAGGAAAAACUCGCAAGACGAAAGAGUUUUUCGUUUUUUGAGUUGCUUCGCGAGACGAAUUUCCCUAUGGGCUUGCUUCGCAAGAUGGAAACGUCUUGCAAGUUUGUUUCCUUUUUUUAAAACCGUUACAGUAAUACAGGGUGCAUUGCUUGAAGAGGUGCAGUUGCGACUUGACUUCGGGGAGCAACUCAUAGCAUGCGGUGUGGUAGCCUUUUUUGAGGUUUUUGAAGAUUUUUUGGGAAAAAUUGAAACCGUGCUUCGCAAGACGAAAAAACUCGCAAGACGAAAAAACUCGCAGAACGAAUUAAUUUCGUCUUGCGAGGCACCACUGUACUAGGAUUUCUUCCAAUACCAUAUUAUUUUUGAACUCUGCUUUCAUUAUGGCUUUUUGUGUAUGAUUAUUUUAUAUUGCGUCUUUUUUUUAAUUCUUGUAAGUCACUUUUGUUCCUUUUAGAUUAAAAACCUGGGAUAUAAAUCAUAACAAACUGUCCCAGGUGCGGCUUCUAAAUUUAUGUUUUUGUGGAAAGUAUGUGAGAAAGGAUGGGUAUAAUUAUUUUCUCCAUAACACUUAGUAAUUGAGUUAUCAAGAAACCCUAUUUCUGUCUCACUAUCUCCAUGAAUAAUUCAAUACGUUGCACUAUUUGCAUUGGAUAAAUUACAGUUACUCUGUCUGUAAAAACACACACAUGAUUAUCUGCUUUUAUGAGGAACCCUUUUCUCAUUUUAGUGAGAAGAAGUAUAUUCUAUUAAAUUUCAGUUUAAGAUCUUCCCUAUUAUAGCACUAGAAUGAUGGAAUCUUUUAAUCAGGCAGCUUGUCUUUGGCAGCUUUUCAGUGCUAUUCUUGUGGCAAUUGAGAAGCUAUUCUUUAUUUCCAAGUCUGAAUAACAAUGGGCUAGAGCGAAAAUGGCAGUGUUGCUUGGUUACAUUUCAUCGCUUGGGAAUCAAUGCUCCACAUGGCUGGAUCCAAACUCCAAGGAGAUUUCUCAAUAAUUUAUUAGUGAUAUGUGAGUGAGUAAUGUCAUAUCUUAAUUACUGUAGAAGUAUCUUUCCAAUUCACUGUGCCAAUAAAAGCCCCCCCCCCCCCCCGUAAAAGUGUCUGUUUUGGUUCAAUGUCACUUGCCUUACAUUUUACUUGUUCACACUUUGGAGCUCCAAGUUUUAAUGAUACUUUUCUUCGGUUGAGGAUUCAGGGCUGACAUGUGCUAUGUAAUAUAUUACUUUAGCACUUGUUGAAAGAAUGUAAUUCACAUCGGACUCCAAUGCUAAGGUUUUCUGCUCAGCUAUCUGAACUUCUGAGGCCGUAGAAAGAACUAGGAUUACAGUGGUACCUCGGGUUAAGUACUUAAUUCGUUCUGGAGGUCCAUUCUUAAACUGAAACUGUUCUUAACCUGAAGCACCACUUUAGCUAAUGGGGCCUCCUGCUGCUGCCGCGCCGCUGGAGCACAAUUUCUGUUCUCAUUCUGAAGCAAAGUUCUUAACCCGAGGUACUAUUUCUGGGUUAGCGGAGUCUGUAACCUGAAGCGUAUGUAACCCGAGGUACCACUGUAUAAUGUUGUGUCAAGACAUUAUUCUCAUGUGCAAGCAGAAACAUCAGAAUUGAUGAAAAGAAGAAGUCGUUUUAGCAGUGUGUGUGUGUGUGUGUGUGUGUGUGUGUGUGUGUGAAGCACUGUAAUGAUGGACUGUAUAGUCUCUAUAUCAUUUCAAGGAAUUUCUUGUGGUUUUUCUUCACUUGAAUUCCACAGAUUCCAGGAGAUAUACUUCUGUUUCUAAGCAAGUGAGUUUGACGGUCUAGUCGCAAUGCUCUUAUUUUUAAAUCUGUUCAAUUAAAAGUUAAUUGAGCAAGUUCAAAGUUAAUAAGUGCACUCUGAUACUACAGGGAUAGUGGUUUGUUUUGCUCCAAACACACCAAAAUGAUAACCUAAGGUUCUUGACUUUCUGAUCAUGAUUUAUUUCCCUUAAAGUAGGUGACUGGUGUGAUUGGCAAAUUUCAGACAUUACAGUAAACUGUAGUUAAAGGUUUGCUAUACAUGAGCCAAUGUGUUUAGGAUGGGGGUCAGCAGGUACAAAUCCCUGUGUCAAAUCUGCCUCCUGCCCUUGCCAAUACAGAAGCAAGAGAAGGGCAGAGACAUUUCUGAAAUUAUUUGGGUACCAACGGGGGUGAAGGAAGGCGUCGUGACACCUGGGGCGGGCAUCAUGACGUAGGGUGCAUGUGCGGUGCAUGUGCCGUACGUAGCGACGUUGCACAUGCGCUGUAUAGCAGUUUGCCGCCAGCGCCGUACGGAUGGUGCCGGGAUCCCUCCGGCGCCGCUACAGCUGCGAACUGAGGAUCCUUAAUUCAUGGCUGCAGCCAUGAGCAGAGGAUCCUGGUGCCGGCAGCAAACUGCUAUACAGUGCAUGGGCGGCGGCGCUACGUACAGCGCAUGCGUGCGACGCCACACAUGUGCUGUAAUUAGCGGUUUGCUGCCAGCGCCAGGAUCCUCUGCUCGCGGCUAUAGCCACUAACAGAGGAUCUUCCAAAGGCGGCUGCGGCGGCUCGAUGGCUGCUCGCGCCACCAUGAGCCCCCGCGGGGUGACUUCUUGUCACCCCCGCAGGCAUGGAACCCGGGGCGUACCGCCCCCCCCAUGCUCCCUGUUGCGAUGCCAUUGGGUACUAACAAGUAACUUUGGGUAGUGGGAGUUGUGGCCUUUUUCACAGAUUCGCCUUCCAUCAAAAGCAGUUGCUGAUGACAGAUUUAGGGAAAAGGCACACAAAAACAAUAAAACUGUUAAAAAAAUAAGUGCAAACAUUUAAUCCUAGUGGAAUUUCCCCCUAAUUUAGUUCUUUUUCAAAUUGACAGAACAAAUCCCUGCGUGAUACCUGUUGUUUUUUCUUUGCACAAAGCCUGUUAUUAAGUCUGUAAUUUCGUUUUGAGGCUCCUACGUUAUUUUUCAGGAUAUGUACAAGGGUUUAUAUAUCCUUUAUUUCCAAGGAACUGGGAAGACUGUAUAAGCUUCCUGGGCAACAUCCUCUACUCUAAGAAUUCAGGUCAGGAACUCCCUCCCUGUUUCCUAGCAACUCAUAGUGGUGCUUUCUCCUUUGACUGUGAAAUCAUUCAGAGGCAGAAACCGGGAUCAUUUGCAGGGCCCAAGGCAAUAUUGUGCAUACACUUGAGACAGCACAGUAGCAUAGCAUGACGUCUGACUUUCUGAAAAGGCUGUGCCUCUUAGCUGUGCCUCUUAACUUGAAUGGACUCAACAUUACAGUACUUUGGAACCCUUUCCUGUGAACUUGAAAGUACUAGCCUUUUGCUUUUAUUCCUCCUCAGUUGAUUGGCAAGGUGAGGAAUUUGUCUCUAAAUGCUUGUAGCCCUUCAUGUUUUACUGAAUCUGACAAAACAAAAUACUUAUGCAGGUAAGCAGUUGGAGAGAAAGUGCUGCUAUUGAUUUAACUGUAGGAUAACUUUGUAAUGUGUUAAUGGAUUUCUUGUUUACGCAGGCAAAUAACACUGAGCGGUGCAAACAUUGUUCUGUUGUAUUUAGUUUCAUCAGGUGGUCCGUCACUUUUGUUUGUUGCACCCAUAUUGCAGAAAACAACCUUCAUUCUGGUUAUAGGAUAUGUUUAGUGAAAAAUAGCUAGCGUUCAGUGCUAAGCAGUUUUCAUUCCCUCCACAGGAAGUGUUACAUUGGGGGUUACAACAGUGUAUUUGGUGUAUCGCAAUUCUGUAAUUAUUUGCUCCAGUGAUCGACAUGAAUUUCUGUUCUUUUAAGAAUACUUUGAAUUAACUGCUUUUCAGCUUCAUCUAGCUUAUUUACUUUAUGAUUAAUGGAAUACAGACUGUUCUUAUGUUUGCUCUUUUUUUUAGUUUACAAGUAUUUAAUAAUUGCCAAAAAUAUAUUAAAUACAGCCUUAAAACUUUUGUUGUUGAUAUCCAAAAUGAAUGCUCAUCUAGAUGAUUAGUCCUAUGACACCCUCAAACUACUUUAGCCUUUGCAGGGUGGUUUCAUAAGGGAAAGUAGUGCGGUAGAUAGCCCACUGGUAGUAGAAUGACAUUUCUGCAAGGUUUUAGCUUUGCCAAGUGAGGAGAAGAGCGUUCCUCACUACGGGGAAAAUUGCAAGCUUGGGGACUUAUCUGCUAGAGAGAAUGAGUAUGUUGUGAGCACAGAAUAUGAGAAAGAAAAGGGAAAAGUUUUCUUUAAACUGCUGUAUGAUCGUACGUAUACUUUUUGGUGCUAAGGUGGAAAGGGGUCAGCCUCUGAAAGGGUACACACCCACCUACCCCAGAGUGGAUUAGGUUGGCUUUUGUACUUCAUGUCAAGGUCAAGGGUGCCCACGACACCUUCUCUCUGCUUGUGUGGACUGCUGUCAUGGAGCUGACAUCAGCCUGUUUGUUUAACCCCUCAUUAAUAUGUUUUGACCUAGUCCUUUCAUCUAUGCAUAUUUUUAUUGUUAAAUUGUUUAAAGAAAUUUCAUAAGAAGCGAGUCAUAGUGAGAAUGAAAUAAAUUAAAUGAUUUUAACUCUGCUCUUCAGCCAAAAAGACUUGCAGAACACUUAUGUGGGGGGGUGUGCUCAAGUCCAUGGGCCAAAUUCGGCUUGCCAAGCCGUUUUGGACAAACCAUGGCCACUUUCCCCCAUGUGCUGUGAAUAAAAGGGAGAUUAACAGCGAGCACUUGCUGCACAGCAAUGGGAAAAGGGGCAGCAUUUUAAAAGCACAAUCUUUUGAUGCAAAUAAUAAUCGGGAGCACAGAUUCUUUCUUUGAGUUACCAGUUUGAAUUCAAGCUGGAGAUGCAAAAGAUCUCACUCUGCAGGGGCUUGCUUGCAAGCACUGCUCGGUGGUUUUAGCAAGCCCUGCUGAGAUACCUUGCACCAUGGAGUUCCUUAGUGCAAGUGAUCCUUGCUCAAACCAAAGCAAGACUUCUGCAAGCCAAGUGAUUGAUGGGCAGUAUCAUGCUGCUGCUGCUGUAGUAGUAGUUCUCUUUGGAAGAGGACCUGGAGUCCAGGCUCUCUGACAGUGGGGAUCCCCUGCCCUCUCCUCAGCAAGACCAGAACUGUGAGGCAGAGAUGAGAGUACCUAAAGAGCGCCAGCUCAUGAAGUUGUAUGAUGGGGCAAUGACUAAACACAGCAGUAAGGGAUGAGAUGGUGCUGUGGUCUAAACCACUGAGCCUCUUGGGCUUGCCAAUCACAAGGUCAGCACUUCGAAUCUGCAUGACGGGGUGAGCUCCUGUUGCUUUGUCCCAGCUCCUGCCAACCUAGCAGUUUGAAAGCAUACCAGUGUGAGUAUAUAAAUAGAUACUGCUGUGGCAGGAAGGUAAAUGGCGUUUCUGUGUGCUCUGGCUUCCGUCAUGGUGUCCCAUUGCUCCAGAAGCGGUUUAGUUACGCUGGCCACAUGACCCAGAAAGCUGUCUGUAGACAAACGCCAGCUCCCUCGGCCUGAAAGCGAGAUGAGUGCCACAAUCCCAUAGUCGCCUUUGACUGGACUUAACCAUCCAGGGGUCCUUUACCGUUUUACCUUUAAAUACCACAAUGCCUGUCUGAGAGCCAGGCUCUCCUCAGUAGCUUGUGAGGCGGGCUGCUUUUCAUGAGUAGACCUGUGCCUUGUUAGCCCAGAUGACUGGCAGCUGUGCAGAUGGUGGGGCUCAGAAGAUCUUGUAUAAAAGUUACCAGUCUCUGCUGAAGAGUUGCUGGAUCAAUACCUGUUCAUCAGCUUUGGCACCCACCUUGAUCUUCAUACUGAAUUUCCCUGACCCUGAAUUGUGUCUUGACCUGACUUACCUCUUACUGCUCUGGGUCCUGACCUUGGACCCGGGGUAUCACUUUCUGCUUUGAACCUUGGCUGUGGAUUGUGACCUAACCUUUUGCACCUAGAUACACCCUGUGGAAAACACCCACAACCUGGUGCCACUGGGGUUUCUGGAAAGAGGGCAGGUGGGGUGGCCCUGCCCGCUUGUUGAAGUGGUGCACAGGGACUGGGGAAUUGCAAAAGCCACCCUGGUAAGCAAAUCCUGUUCCCUACCCCUGGUUUACAGCAAUCAGUGAGGUAGUCCCUGUCGUCAAGAUUAGCAGUUUUGCCAUCAGGGUUACAGCCUAACAGAAAUGGCACAAAAGGAAAAAAAGGAUUAGGAGGGAGGAUGAAAGAAAGAAAAAGCAAACUCAGGGAUUUCUUCUUAAUUACAACGUUCUUAUAAGUGUUCUUUUUAGAAGGGAGUGGCAAAGCAAGCUCCCUGCAGCUUCUCCUCCUUUGGCUGAUAGAUGGGCCAGGUUGCUCUCUCCCUUGCCGUAAUGUUCUUUCUCAGAGUCGUUAUUUUAUGUGCAGCAACUUUUGCUCAGGUACGUUGAGGAGAAGGAAUGACUGGUCAACUAGCUUAAGACCAUUAUAUAGCUAUGCACCCUGUCUUCUGUGCAAUCUCAGGAUUUAGAUCUCCCCCCCCAUUUAUUAUUGUUGGUUUGUGGACUUCCCCAAGUGUGCUGUUAACAUUAUCCGGUUACGUCAAAGGCUCCUGUGAUUCCAAAUUACCGCCACAGGAUGAAAUUGUGUUGCAUCUCUGUAUGAUCUUCAGAUCUGGCACUGCAUCAUUCCAAUCGGCCGCUAUGUCAAGUGCCACUGGUCUGAUCAAUCACUUUGAGGAGAGAUGCAGCAGGAUAGCCUCUGUUCAGCGGAGACCACGUCCAGGGUUUCUGCAUGAGCUACUGUUGUGGGUUUGCUGCUUUCCAAGAAUCUAAGAAGCUGUAUUAUACCAUUGGUUGAUCUAGCUCAGUUUAUUUGCAUUGACAGGCAGUAAGUCUCUAGGGUUUCAGAUUGGUUUCUUUCUCAGCCCUAUCCUGGAGGUACCUGGAACCUUCUGUAUGCAAGCAGGCAUCCCAUCACUGAGCUUUACAGCUUUCUCCCACAAAUCAGCAUGUACCCCCUUAUCAGUGACUCUUCUGGAAACUGCAGAUUGGUUUCACUCAAGGUGGGUAAUUCUGACUUCUACACCCUCUGAAAUUACCCAGCUGUGUAAGAAUGAGGCAUAAUUCCAAUUUUUAAUUCAGAAAAAAAUCAUAUAUGCUGUCAAACAUUUGUACAAUACUUCAGUAAAACAGGGAACAUUGUGUUUAAAUAGUGCGUGAGAGUCUCUGGCAAUGUGAUCCGUUUUAGGUCUGAUGCUCUGCUUAUGCCUCUGGCAGUCUGCUACACACAUAAGAUGACUAUUGUGUCAGCUCCUGCUAUAUGCAGUGAUAUAUGCUCACCAUAAACACCUCCCUUGUUCUCUUUUAACGGCAAUGGUGUCCACCUGAGAGAUGUCAGAACUGAGCUCCUGCUGAAAAAAAAACCCCUGUCUAUAUAUGUGUAUAUUCUUCAGAAGUGGAAAUGGCGACAUAAUGUUCAAAGAAGUUUAAAAAUGCAUAAUGAUGGACCAUCGAAGAAGUUAAAAGUGGGUAGUAAUGCAUGCCGAUAACAAAAAAGAGUUUAAAAAAUACUGUGUAGGACCAUGCAGUACUGCCAUUUUAAAAACUGCCUUUAGAUUUGGCUUGACUGUUAACGACUGAUACUAAUUCAUCGGCAGGGAAGACCAGUUCAGAAUGCAGGUCACACCUACCUGCCAGGGUGGAGGCUGAGACCUGUAUUCUAUCUGAGAGCAUCUUGUGUGUCAAGAGAAAGAAAGAAAAACCUGGUAGUUUUGAAUUUCAGAAGAGGAGAAAGGAGCCUUUGAACUUGCUGGAAAAGGUUGAUGAGACUUUCUGGCUGCCCCCAUUUUGCUUAUAGGAGGAUAACUGUGACGCUAGACUGAUCUUGCAUGAAUAGCAGCAGCAGUUUUCCCACUCAGCACACCUUUCUCACAACGGUACAACCUGUACUCUUGGAAAUAAAAAAAGGUUUGUUACAAAGAGCACCAUAAACGCACCUAACUCUUUUCACAAGAGGACUGAACUUUAAAAUGCAUCCUUUGUUGUUAUCUGCCAUUCUGCUUCCUGCUGAUCUCUCCUUCGGCUGCCUGUAUAUUUAGAAUUUCACUGUUGGAUUGUUUAUUUUUCCCCUUGCUGCUUGUUUUCCUACACUUAUGGUUAGCUAACUUUCAUGAAUAUGAGAAAAUGCUAUUGGGUGUAGUCCUGUAAAUCUUACGAGGUAUGCCUAAAUCCCAUUCAUAUCCAUAUGUGUUUAAGUCCCGGUGGUUUCAAUGGGACUUAGGUGUGUCUUAAGUUUUCUAUGAAUUGCACCACUCUUUGUUUUCUUUAAAUAUAGGGUGAAUAGGGAAAGGAAAUUCCCUAUUCAAACAUAAUAUACAGGUGCAAUGAAGGAAAUAUCGCACUUCCACGAAAAAUGGGGUAUGGUGCCCUUUUAAAAAGAGUUCAUAAAAGGUACACCUGUUAGUUUUUAGGAUAAUUACAUAGAACUCCUUCUAAACUGAAAUAUUUAUACCAACAAUAAUUGAGCUAGAUUUAAAAAUAUCAGAGAGCUUUUUGUCUCUAAAAUACAUUCUUUUUUCAUGUUCAAUUCCUGAGUUAAAAAAAUAUGUAUACAGUAAGCCUGCAACUUACAUGGGGGUUACAUUCCAGGGAUUGUGCCUAAAGCCAAAGUCACAUAUAGUCAAAAUACAUUGGGUUCAGUGGUGGGUGGGAUUGCCAAAAUCUUUUUUCCUGGAUGCCCAUCCUCUUUCUGCCCCCCCUUUUUUGUUUUCAAUUAUUUGCCAAGCACGUACAUCUGAAUGCACACAAGUUAAAUGUGCAUAAGUUGCAGACUUACUGUAUAGACUGAAUUAGAGUGAAUAUGUUAGUUUAAAACAGUCACUGAUAAUGUUAUUAUCACAGUCUCUGUACUUUCUGCAUUUCAUUUUUCUCUGGCCUUAUUUCAUAACACUUCAUGCAUCUGAUGAAGUGGACUCUAGUCUGUAGAGGCAUAUGCAGAAAUAAAUUUGUUGGUCUUUAAGGUGCCACAAGGCUAGUUUAAUUUUCAAACUUGCUAUCACUUGUUUACCUUGAAUAUAAGUGGUUUUGGUUUCUGUUGAAGGAUGGGGAAAGGUUUAGGGUUUUUGUGUGUGUGUGUCCUAGAAUAUGGUCCACAAGCUGUAUUCAGGGGCUAAAGCAGUCAAGAGUUGUUUCUGAGAGGGAAUGAAGCAGGUGGAAGAAGUGAUGCAACACAAAAACGUUUGAUGCAUCUUUUCGCAGAGAGUUACAGGUUAAUAAGCUCUGGGUUGUUCUGCUUUGCAUUAGAUCCUCGGGGAGUUGGUGAGAUGAGGGAAUGUGUUUACCACAUAGUGGUUAUUGUUAAAGUUAGUGGACUGUGCUGCCUGGGGAGAUUUCAGUGGGCUCGGAUCUUACUACCUGUGUUUCCACUUCCUAGAUCGUGAGUGUCUGUGUGUCUAUAGUAUUGGGGCACAGACGCUUGUUAGGCUUUAGGAAAAAACCCACACAUGCUGGGGACAGUGUGCUCUCUCUCUAAGUUCCAUUUCAGACUGUUGCUUGUGCUGCUGCGCACUUGAUUUCUUACUCCUUUCCUGUUGCAACCUAUUGCUAGGAUGACUAAGGAGGUUCAGCACUAGAGCUGCAUACAUUUCUUCCUUCUGCCAGAGCAUUCCAUGUGACUGUGGGGUCAAACUUUCUACAGAGGGGGCAAGCAAAGUUGUGGCAAUCAAGAUGCUGAGGUGAGGCGAAAAAUGGAUUCAUGGCAGAAUAUUGAUGAACAGCAACGCUUCAGAUAUUCUGAUAUUCCAUGCUACGCUAACGCAUGUCUUUCCACCCCAAAUACCCUGCAAGUAGAACAUAGUAAUUUGCUACUUUUCCUGUAAAAUUGUGGAAGUAGUUGUUCAGUGUUUGUGACGCAGAAAUCUCAGAGUAAUAGUGUAUUCUCUGCUCUUUCUUCCUUGAUUUUCUUAUUUUAAGAUCUAAUUAACAUAACCUUUAAAAUCUCUUUAAAAAUGAAAAAAUGUUCAAGGUCAUGAUAUGUAAUACCUACCUUGCCAUGCAAGGGAGACUUCAGUGCCUUCUGGUGUAGAGUUAUCCCAAGCCUGUAACUUUGUAGUGUACGGAAACAUGGGAAAAGAAAAUAAUUUGAAAUAUUGACGUAAAUACAAUGACUUAGAUCCAGAGCAGCUGUUAUGCAAACAGAAAGGUUCGUUCCUUUCUCGGAAGCAAUUUGGAUGUAGUGAAGACUCCUGCAAUUGGCAGUAGGCGGUGGGGAGGAUAAUUUACACUGAUUUUCCCUUCCUUCUACAGCCUUCACUGGUGCCAAUUCCGGGGGGCUGUGGUUGCUUCGGCUCCCACAAUAAUAUAUUUGUGGGGGCCACUGCCCCAAGUCAAUGGACAAAAGGGAAUCUAUUCCCCACUGUCCCCAUUUCUUCAUGUGAGGGAGGAGGAGCCGCCAUAUCUACCUCUGCCGGCUCCUCCUCUUCCUCCUCCUCCUGGUCCUUACAUUGUGGGCACCCACAAUCGUUGGCAUGAGAUGGCAUCUAUGACAGCCUCCGUUGCCACCUCCUGCAGUUUUCCAGAGUUCUCCCCUAUCUCUGGAGUCAAUUUCUAAGGUCUGCAAGGGAAGAAUAGGUGAAAACACAAGUGUCCAGUUUGUGGAGUUCUGCUCCAUGCAACUCUGUGUCCAGCCCAUUCUUUGUGGGAAAUCCCUACCGAGGGGAGGUUUUGUAGAAGGUAGGGGACUUAUUUUAGAGUAAACAUUGUGUAGGAUUGCAUUAUGAAAGUGUGGGGUAGAGGGGACCAAGAGAUGGUUGGAGGAAACCAGAUACCAUAGCAUUGCUGCGGCCAAACGGGAUGGAAUUUGUCAGCAAUCUGAGCUUUACAGAACAACUUGGGCAAGUGAGCUGAGAAGGUCCUGGUUGGAUCUUACCUCUAUUCCUCCCCUGCUCCUUAGUAAAACCUGCCCUGCCUGUGUAAAUUAAAUCAAUUUAGUCACUGUCAAGAUGUUGAGCUAGGUGGAACAUUUUUUUGACUCUCAUUGCAAUUAUUCGUUCUAAGAGAUGUUUACCAAAUCAUAAGACAUCCAUUCUGUAUCUUUGGUUCUCCUUUGUUUCCGUUAUUUAUAACAGUGUCCUUUAUAAGCCCCUGUGGAGCUGCUAGUAAGACAGACAUAGGUUUCUGAUAUGCAGGAACUGCUGAGUCAGGCUUGACUGUGCCCCUCUAGGAAGCAAAGCUCUCUUGCAGAGCCAAACUGACUUAAGAUGUGCACAUGUAGCCUUUGAAAUGCACAGGGCUCGUUUCUUCACAGUGCACUUCUGUAUAUAGCCAAUAGCAGUUUGUACACACCUUCAUGCAAUGACAUCAUCUAAAGCAGCAGCUGCUAUCUGUGUUGUCUGUGUGGGAAUGUUGAGCCAGAAGAAUGGGAGAUGGCAAAAGAGGACCAAAGAGGAAGAUGGCUGCAUAGCUAGCCCUUUUAUAAGGUCUGCUAGGGUCACACCCAUCUACCUGCUCACACACGGAGAGGAGGCUCCAGAGCAGAUACGAUAGGAAGUCCCCCCUGUCUGGAGCAACAUUCCCCUGUGUGUCCACUCUAGGCAACAGGAAAUGUUGUAUUUGACUGCUUCAGUGAUGAUACAUCCCACAGUCUGCACACAUAGGUGGGCAUGCUUUCGAACUAGUACGCAGCUGUGGUCUUUAUUCACCUCCCCUCAAUUGGUGUUUCCACAGUCUUUCAAAAGAGUGUGGUUGUAAACUUGUAUGUCGACAUACUGUAAACAGAGGACCUAUAUUUCGGUAUACAGAAGCAGCUAAGUUACCGCACCGCUUCCUCUUUUGCCUAUUUCAUUCAUAGGCAAGUUAAGCCUGGUUAGGGGGAGUGGAACACACCUACAACAUGAGUUGGUCUGCCCCAAUAGGUGGCAGUGACCUGACAGUGUGUUGUUAUCUGUGUACACAUGUGCUUGAGAAGCACAUUCUUGGCAUACAACAGAUUAGAACCGUUCCAGCAGAAUGCCCUUUCGACUGACAAAUAGCGUGUGACAGCGAUGGGAGUGGCAUUGUGUGCACAGCAACCCGAAAAUGUGCCUGCAUCCCGCACUUGAAUGCACAUGAUCAUGCAGUGUGUACACACCCAUAGAUUGUAAGCCUGUGGGCAGGGACUGUUUUUAAAAAACCCAACUUCGUAAGCUGCUCUGAGAGCUUUUUUUGACUAUGGAAACAGAAACAAAGGUGGAAGACUAAUUGGUGCUCUCCUCUUGUCCCUCAGAAAAGUUGGUGGGAUCUUUCCAGGGUAUGUUUAGGAGAUACUUCUGAUAUGGUAAUGCACAUCUUCUUGAGCAUUUGUAAGAAUUAAUUUUGAGGACCAACCCAAUGGUUAAUGCUAACUAGGGUUUCCAUCUUAACCCAUCUUUCAAAUAAGAAUUUGAACUGGGUUUGCAAACCAAGGCUAUGAGGAAACCUAACUACCAAUUGCCUUGGUUAAUAGUGAUAGAGAUGUAAACCUUGAUUGGAAUUUAGGGCUAUGGAUGAAGGGAGGAGUGACAAUUAAUGCACAAGGGGGAAGGGGCUGGGGGAAGGUGAACUUGAAGAUCCAGAGCCCACUCUUGAUAAACUUAACCCUGGUUAAGAGAAUGAGGAGUUAGUAUUAACUCUGCACUGUUCUUUGUUACAGGCCUUGAAAGCCAGGUCAGUUGCACAAUUGCUGUUACUCACCUUGAGUCUUUUAUAACAGAGAAUAAAUCUAAGCAAACAAUUCAUUUCUGCAGAAGUAAUACAGAAGGGAGUAUUCUGUUUGUGAUCUUUACUCAUCAAGGAGGGGUGGACAUACCUAAAUGCAUAGGAUCUAAUUUGUUUUCAUAACUUAGCAAGUGCUGACCUUUCACUGUAUUUAUUUAUAUCAAGCCUGUUUGUGCUCUAGCCUGGGGAACAUAUUGGCCAUUUGCUGAAUCAGAAAGCUAAAUAUGAAAUGUACCUUUUUAAAAAUGGGUUCAAGCAGAACCAAAACAAGUAUUCUUCCAAAGUCUUGUUUUAAACAUACCCUUUUAAGAUUAUCAAAUACAUAAUCCAUUAAAACUUGAAGGGGGAAUAGUAUGAGAACCUUUCACACAGAGAAUAAUUUUUUACUAUAUUAAAGUGUCAACAGUCAAUUUAAUCAUGCUUCCUAAAAGUUACCCUAAGUGAGCAGGUCUUGCAGUGUUUCAGGGUGACUUAAGUGGGGCAAAUUGCAGUAGUUUAACCUCAUGGUGAAGAAAUAUAGAAAAUACCAUCAUCUCAUAUGUAAAGAGAGGAAGCCUUUUCACCAGGUGGAGCUCGUGGAAAGUGUCACUGACCAUUGCAUCCCAGCUUCCUGCUUCUACACCAGUUUGCAUUAUUAGGUUGCAUGAACAUCGCUGCAGACUCGCAAUCAAGGAGAAGAAACCAUAGAAACAGCAGUAGAGUUAUCUGCAGGCAGAAGGUCCCAGAUUUAAUCCCUUACCUGGAAUAGACACAUCCAGGUAAGGCUGGGAAUGUACCCUGUCUAAAAUUCUGAAGAGCCACUGUGAGUUGGAGUGGAAAAUACUGAAUUAGAUGAGCUCAUGGUCUGAAAGGAGCUUUCAAAAGUGAUACUGCUUACUUGUAGAGCAGCAGGAAGCUGAACCCUGUUUCUGAUUAAAGUUGAAGUCUUGGAAGGCGUUUAUUUUAAUCUUGUUAAAGUUCAUCUCUGCUUGCUUGCUUCUAACAUUUUACCAUCAAAUAUACACAGUGAUUGCAAGACCUUGUUUGUUCUAAAAUCCUGUUGGGUAGGAAGGCAAACAGGAUGGACUGUGAGGUGAAGCCAACUUGAAGGUCCCAGGAAGGUGAUGAGCUGUCAUGCUCCAGGUGGUGUCCUCAGGGACCAGGGUCUCAGACCUAGAAGAUAAAAAGCAUUCUGGCAAAACAUUUACCCAAGAGAACAGGGUUUAAGAUGCUGUAUAGUCUCAACAAGCCAAGGUCAAACACAUGGAAUCUGUCUCUGUCCAUAACAUGACCCAGAGGUUAAGUCAGGUGAUGGUCCAAAUUCAGUAGCACAGGCAAAGUACAACACAGCAAGGAGGAGGAGCAGAGACCUGUGUUGCCUCUGGCAACUGAAAGGCUGGCUCAAGUGGAGCCUCCUAGACAACACCCAAAUUCCACCUGCAGGUAGCAGAGGAAUUCCAGGGAGUGCUUACUCAUGAGUGGACACCUUACUCACAAGCUGCAAAAUGUAGGUGCAUGCUAUGUUAUUGUUCUUCAGCCUGGACCCAGGCCUUUUGACACCUAUGUUCUCAAGGACUGAAGGGUGGCUGCACUACAUCAUCUGAUGGCUUGAAGGGGUCUUCAGGAGGGCUCCCACCAAGGUGAUCCUAAGCCUUGGUUCCAUGAGAACCUGCUUAGUCCUCAAGAUCAACAGAGCAUCUGGUUCAUACACCAAGGACUCAGCAACUGACACCUGGUCAGAGCUAGGCAUGGCACAAACAGAUGUCCGACAUUACCCAGUGUGGUCUGCUUGUCAGGGACAAGCAGAACCAUUCAAGCAUGGUUCUGCAAACUACUACAAGAUCUUGUGCUCAAUCACCGUUGAUUUCAUGGUCAACAGUAUCAAAGGAUUAAUAAUUAAAUCUUGAGAAGGGCUUUACAUCAAUCAGGUGAAGCUGCCUAUGUGGGUCUGACUUCUAGGUUAAAAUCUUCAAGGUGUGACGCUGUCAGUGCCACCCAAACUAACUAUCAUCUACACAGUAUGAUCGUUUGUAAUUGUUUCCCUGACCGUCAGGAUAGGAAUGAUGGAAUCUUCAACUCAACAACAACUGGAGGACCAAAACUUUCGCACCCCACCUUAGAUCCAAUAUCAAACAAGUCUAGAUAAUAUUCUGAUGAUAAUAUAUAUAUUUCCCUUUUUCAUUUAGUGACUGCUUUACCAGUUCCACAAGGGUCAUGGAUAUCAAAUUCCCAGAGGCUGAAGGAUCUGGCGAGGAAGGUUCAGGUAAAAGGCCUAUUUUCAUGUUACGUUUGAGAGAACCUUUUUUAUUACAGAAAAAAAUUAAGUUUUUCUCUUUGGCUUUUGUUCUCUAGAGCUGUCAUCUAGUUUAAUCAGCGAAUAUUUGUUGAAAGUUUGCAUGAUUAAUCAAUUCAUUGGUCAAAUCAAUUUAUUGGUCAAAUAAAACAAACAUUUUAAAUCAGCAGUGAGGAACCUCUGGCCUGCAUGUGAAAUUAGGUCUGGCAGGGGUCCUAAAUGGAAAUAGUAAAAUAGCCCUCUUUGGGAGCUCCUGCAAAAGCUUUUAGAAUUUGCUUCAUAUGGCGAAAGACCCAUUUGUAUCCGAAGUUGGAUGGCCUGAAAACAUUUUCUUGAUUAAGCUUCCUUUCUGCGGCAUUUAGCUUAGCAUUACACUUCAGUAUUAUUGCUUGAUGCUUGUUUUAACACGGAAAGUGCCACUUGGUAACAUAAUUACCAUUCAGAAUAUCAGCAUGCGGGUUUUCCACCUCAGCAAGCUAUUUCUGUGUUUUUAAAUUACUCACGUCAUUUGGUAACAAGGCCGCCCUGCUCUUCAGUGAUUAGUGAAGAGAGACAUUGAGUUUCCGGACUGUAAUUUAAUUCUGUUCCCUGCAUCUACCAUUUAACACUGAGUUUAUACUUCACAGUCUUAUUACAUUAAAUGUUAAUAGGAUAUUGGCAGCGACUAGAGAGUAGUCUUUCUUGCAAGUCUUCCCCCCCCUUUAAUGUACCUUAUAUCCUCACAAUUCGUUUACACCAGUACAGUAAUAGUAUUACGUUGGGAUCAGUGUGGAUACAAAUAUCUGUACAUUCAAUUGGCGGAAAAAGACAACUGAAGCUGAGGCGGGGGGGGGGGCGGGAGGAGAUUGCCUUCUUGAUGACAUGUGUGGAUGAAUAAAUAAUAACAACACUGCCUAAAAAUAAUUACGACUCCCUUAAUAUUUAUUCCCUCCCAGGAAAGAAGAAGUCUAAGUUUAAAUCUAUCAAAAAGUUCUUCGGGAAAAGAAAACGAAAAGAGACAUUAUCACCUACAGGAAGUGGUAGUCUGAAACAAUGCCAGUCUGCAAGUGACGUCACAGCUUCACAGUCUAUGCAUAUAGAUUACGAUUCUGAAGAUGAGCUUGAGUAAGUCUCUAUAAACUUAUCUUUAGCUUUUUCACAAAACAACGAAUUUCCUUUUGGAAAACCCAGGUAACUUUUCAUAGAUUAACCCCUGCAAGAGACCCUUUGUUGCAUCCUUCCUUUGAGAAUAUUGGGGAUGCUGCAAAUAAAUUUCAGAAAGGGGGGGAAGGCUGCAAUCGCAUGCCACAGGAAGUCUUGUCUGCUUAUUGCAUGCUUAGCUCCUCCCUGCUUCAGUAAACCAGGAUGCUAAGCCAAUGUUUGCUUUUGGCUUAUGAAUAAUAUUUUAUUUCUACUACCCCCCCCCCCCAGGUGAGUGGGGGAGAGCGAAGUGGGUAUAAUUGGCUCAUACUUGGUGAUUUAUGGCUUACUGUAAAAUAAGAGUGUCACAGUGACAUAGCUGAACUGGAGAGCUCUCUUAAUGGCUAUGGACAAAUUAUUAUAUCUCAGUCUAACAUAUCUUACGGUGCCAUUGGAAAGAAAAAAUUAUGUAUAUUUUUGAUGCCAUUACUUAAGAGAUUGUAUCAAAAUCUUUACAAAUAGUUAUAUUAUUUAAAUCAGACUCUCUCUUCCCCCCUAGCCAAAGAAAGCUUUCCUUUUCUACCUGUAAAAAUGUUAGGCUGGAACUUUUCUCCUUGGCAUUUAGUUUUCUCUCUGAAAGGAAUUUUUAUUAUGCAUUCAGUCACAUGGUCCUCUAUGUGAGAUGCCAAGUAGAGCCACCCAGACACAGGUUUAUCUCCUCUAUAAGAUCUAAACCUCAGAGUUCCAGUGUACAAAGGGAAGGAAAAGGGAGCUAUCAGGAGAAGGUUAUAAACUACUCUCUGACUAACCAGGGAAGAAAUCUUAGGACUGUGCUGUCUAGUAGUCUUAAAAUGUGUUGAAUGGUUCUUAAAACAUAUUGAAAACAUUAUUUUUAACAAUUGUACUGCGUUACCACUUUGGUGUUUGGUGCCCUGGGCUGCUUUGAUAGGAAGGGCAGGAUUGAAAAUCAGUCAAAUAAAUUGAUAAAAUUGCAAUGAAGAGAGUGACUCAGUAUGUGGCUGCUAUGAAAAAAAAAUCAAAUUUCUUGUUGGGGAUCUUGUUAUUAUCACAAUUCCCUGGUAUAUAGCUGUAACGUGGUUGCGCCCAGUGCAUCACUGCAUCUUAAAAAGGGUAUCAUAAAGCUGGAAAAGUGGUAGAAAGUGGCAAGCAAAAGAUUAAAGCGGCUAGAGCGUCUAUCCUACAAGAAAAGGUUAUAGUAUCUGAAGGCAGGGCUUAGCUUAGAAAAGGGCGGGCUAAAGUUGGGGACAUGAUAAGAGGUAUGUAAGAUUAUGCAUUAUUUGGAAAAAGUGCAUAGGGAUAACCUCUUUAAUAAUAAUACUAGGAGGUUGGGAUGUAGGUUCAGGUGACAGAUUCAGGACAGACAAAAAGAGGUACUGCUUUGCGCUGGCCAUAGGUGAACUUCCAUAAGAUGUAGCAAUGGCCACCAACCUGGGUGGUUUUAAAAGAGGAAUUGAUUAUUGUUGGCUUCUAGUCACGGUGACUGGAUUAUGUUUGCAUCAAAGGUUGAAUGCCUCCGAAUACUAGUUGCUGGGGAACUAUAAACAGGAAGAGUGCUUUUAAUGACUGUAUCCUGCUUGUGAGUUCCCUAUAGGCAUCUGGUUGGGCAGUUUGGGAACAGAAGGCCGGGCUAGAUAGGCAUUGGUCUUGACCCAGCAGGGCUUUCCUUAUUUGCCUAUGGUGGGCUACAGAAAUGUCUGUUUUCAAGUAAGAUCGAAGGCCCAAAUCAUAUGACCUAAUAAUAAUAAAGAGAACAAGAGUGCAGAUGAGCGGAAUCUUUUGCCUGCUCCACUGAGCUGCCAGAGCACUUGCAUAUGAAAUUAGAGAUCAUAGUAUUAAGGUUGGAGGGUAUGAUUGCCAUGCAUGUUGAGCCCCUAGCAUUGCUGUUUAGGAAUUGUGAGCUGUGAAUAAAUACCUGCAGUCCUUUCCGGUGCUAAUGAAGAUUGCGUUACACAAGGCUCCCACUAGGGGUUGCCAAACCACAACAUCAAAAAGCCCUUGGUACUCUGAAUGGCUUUGUUUACCGUUGGCUUGUAGGAAACCUGUGACAUCCCAAAGCAGCAGUAUUGAAAAUGCUUUCUUGUUAAAUGUAUAGAAAAGGCCAUAAUUGUAAUCAUUCACAAAAAUCAAUACUGCGUCUCCAGUUUUUAAAUCCUCCAAGUACUACAAAGAAGCUGUGAUUAGAGUUAUUAAAGUUAAUUUGAAGUUCUGCCCUUGGGUAGAGGAAUUUUCAGGGAAGCUGAGACUAGCAAAACAUCUUAGAGAGCCCCAUCAUUCCUAGGACAUCGCUGCAUUUUGUGAAAAGUGAAAUUCAAAGCCAGCGUGGAAGUUUCAUCUCAGGUGAGGCCAAAGGAGUUUUGCCAAGCCAAGCAAAACAUUCCAGGGUGGUUCUGCAUGUCCUGGAGAAUUUUCUGUGCAAAUUCUUUGCAUUUCGGAGAAGGCAUUCUUUCUUUGAUUAAGCUGCUCUCCAAUGAUCUCAAAUACACUGAACUUGCACAGGAUUUUUUUUCUUCCUUAUAUAGCAGAACUUCCUUUCCCACCUAUUGUUUCACUGAACAUAUUUUUAGCCAUCAUUGAGAGGAAAGUGACUGUUCCCAUGCCCAUUUAUAUUUUAUGUCCAUCCAUUUCAAUAGCAUCUUCAUUUAAUGUAGGAGCAUUUAAUCUAGUUCUUAAUUUUGAGGAACCUUAACACAAACUAGUUUAUGUCCUCAGCAAAAGCAUAGAGAUACGUGCUUAGUUGUCUUGGGCGUUAUCCUGGGCAGCAUUGCAUAGCCAAAUUGCUGCCCAGUUCUUUUAUCUUCUACCUGUGUGGAACAUAAAAAAGGUAAAGGUAAAGGGACCCCUGACCAUUAGGUCUAGUCGUGGCCGACUCUGGGGUUGUGGCACUCAUCUCGCUUUAUUGGCCGAGGGAGCCGGCGUACAGCUUCCGGGUCAUGUGGUCAGCAUGACUAAGCCGCUUCUGGCGAACCAGAGCAGUGCACGGAAAUGCCGUUUACCUUCCCGCCGGAGCGGUACCUAUUUAUCUACUUGCACUUUGAUGUGCUUUCAAACUGCUAGGUUGGCAGGAACAGGGACUGAGCAACGGGAGCUCACCCCAUUGUGGGGAUUCGAACCACCGACCUUCUGAUCGGCAAGCCCUAGGCUCUGUGGUUUAACCCACAGCACCACCCUCGUCCCUGUGUGGAAAAUACAUACUUAUUAAAGAGCAAGACCUUGCUUCUGGUGUUCCAAGUGUCCUUGCAUAAGACUUCAAAGGAAAGUUACAUUUGUGCUAUGCUUUUCUGAUUGUUCCAUCAGUACAAGCAUUUCAGCUUGCUGGAGGGACUGAUCCUCACUCUCCUCCCCUGACAUGCUGUUCUCCUAACCCCCACAAACCUAUUUCAGGAACAUGCGGGGGGGGGGAACCUCAAUGUACAAGUGGAAGUCCUUGUGUAGGGCUUCCACAGAUAGGAGUCAUUAGCUAAAUCCCACCCCCAAUUUCCCUGCAACAGAUGUGAUUGCUAAGUGGGAAGACAUUUAUGUCAUGUAAAAAAUGAUCACUUGCAAAGCAGAGGCUAUGAGGAAUGAAAAUCAGCAGCAUAAUCUCAGAUGCUACAAAACUUCUGAAUGGGCUUGGCUGUAGGAAGGAAGGAAGUGAUGGUGGAGAAGGGCCAUAGCUCAUUGCUAGAGAGCACCUGCUUUGAGUGCAAAAGGUCCCAGGUGGUGCUGGGAGAGACAUCUUCCUGGAAUGCUAUAGAGAGCUGCUGCCGGUCAGUGCUGACUAUACUGAACUAGAUGGACCAAUGGCCUGACUUGGUAUAAGGUGGUUUCCUGUGUACCUAACUACUAAGGAAGGAUGGCAAUGUGUGCCCUGUGUCUCAAGCACAAGAAGGCUUGACAAUAUGGUACCUAUACAAUGAACUCUAGUAGGGACAUUGCUUUCUGAAACAGCUGCAAGCCAUAAUUGGAGAUUUGCACCCAGAAUCCCUUUCAGUGCCGCAAGAUAGACUGGAUUUCAAGUCUGGGUUCUCCUGUUGUUUUACAGGCAUUCGCAGUGAAUGAAUGCAGAGUUAUUCCCCAGUACUUUUGCUCCUCAAGGUCCUAGGUCACACCUCUUGGGUUUGUCCCACUGUAUUUGCAUCCCUUUCCAGCUGGUUUUUGAAAGGAAUUGGCUGUCCCUAUAUGAUUGUGGGAUAUACUUGCAGCUGGGCAGUUUUUCUUUGGCUGCUCCUCUUAGGCUGUUUGUUAACACUGCUACUCAAUUUAACAUAUGGAAUAUGCUUAAUUUUUAAAAAAAGCUGUUUUAUGAAGGCCAAACAUUGACACACAUGCAUUUUUCGUUUGUGUUCUGUAUUCUCCUAGGAUGCACGAAGGUAUUAUGGGAAGCAGAGCCUUGUCGCAUGAGAGCAUUUUCAUUCCUGAGACUGCACAAGAACCAACUAGACCAAUCCGAGUAUUUUCUCAGGAAAAUGUUUCCGAUCGGAUUAGGGCUUUGCAGGUAAUGUGAAAUGUAUGCAAUAAUGUUGACUCUCUUCUCUCUCUCUCUCUCUCUCUCUCUCUCUCUCCCUCUCCCUCUCCCUCUCCCUCUCCCUCUCUCCCUCCCCCCCCGCCUCCCACCAGCAGUUGUAACUGUAACUCUGGAUUUGCUUCUGUAUGAUAGUAACAUACUGUACAUUUAAAUUAAAUAUACUCAAUAUAAAUCAAGGAUGGGAAACCUUUUCCCCCUCAAGGACAACAUUCCUUUGGGAGUGGUUGGGGGCAUUCUCUUUUCUCUCUCCCCUGCCCCAUAUUUCCCCGUAAUAAUAUCCUGCACAGAGUUCACAUCAUAAAAUGGGAGUAGAACAACUUAACCUACAUUCAAAAAUCUGCAUUACUGUAAUACCAUUAUCAGACAAACCUAAUUAUUUGGUUGACUUAAUAAAGGUAUUUCCCUACUGUAGAUUUUUGAAUAUUUCUUAUUCACAACUACCUUUUGCUGCUUCUUGCUUUUUAUUCAAACAAACAAAAUAAAACAUCAAGCUAAAAGUAAUAAUAAAAAAACAGUCACAAGAGUUUAUGACCUUUUGCUCUUUUAAAAAAAUAAAAAAUCCUCCUAUGUUAGUGAUUUGCUAUGUCUAGGGGAAAGAAGGGUGCUGUGAUUAUGAGAACUUCUGGCUGGCUCAUUUCUUCCAUACAAGCAGAUGCCUGUUCAUGUGGACAAAAAUAAGUAUUGCAUGUUCCAGCCAUUCAGUAAUGGAGAAAAUACAUUGAAACAUGCUUGAAAUUUGUCCUUGUAGUUGAAACUCCAACAGAAUUGGAAAUUAAGGGCCUCGUCGCCAUUUGGAACGUCUUCAAAAAGAGUGGAUGAUACUGGGAUGAGUUCAGAAGAUGAUGGAUUACCUAGAAGUCCACCAGAAACGUCUUUACUACAGGAAAUGUUAAAUUCCAGUACAGCAAAGGUAGGAUAAGUCAAGCAUGCCAUUUUCAGAAUAUUAUUUUGAACGCGGUCAUUUGUUUCAUUUUGCCUUUCUGGUUGAAAUUACAUUGCAAUAACCUGCACACCGCCGUCAUCCUGAUAGAAGAAGCAUUUGUAACAAAGAUAGAUAACAAAGAUAGAUAACCAAGUGUUUGGAAACAUUACACAGCACCUGGUAUUGUCAAGGGCAAGUUAUUUUGAAGAGGGGGAAAAAGUACAUGCAUAGACUUGAAUGGAAGCACCAGAAGGUUUAAACAAUAUGAUGAGUAUUUCGGGGAUAUCUUUAUUUAUUGCAACAUAUUCUUCUAGAAAUGUUUUGGUCUUCUUUUUUUUUUUACUGCAACAGUGGCAGAGGAAUUGCAAAAAUUAUCAAGAAAGAUUUUGACUGAUCUCAGCCUUUGUCUCUUCCCCUCCCCGCCCUCGUAGAAGCAUACUAAUGCCAUCACCUUUCCAUAAAAAUGAAAACACAAAACACCUCCCACCAUCUUUAUAUUUUUCAGGAUUCCAACUAAUUCUUAGAACUGCAUAGAUUCUCUUCUUGCAACUUAUAUUUUCUCUAGUCCGUUUUGUGGUUUGUAAAGCGUGUAACCUGUGUGUGUGUCUCAGUGUCUCAUCUCAUUUUGUCACCUAUCACUGAAUCUUUUCCUCAUUCCACCCCACAGUUCUCUGACUCGCACAAGCAUCUUAGCUCUUUGAGUUUAGCUGGAACAGGCAGUGAAGAAGAAGAACAGGUAACAAUAAUGAUUGGCGUUUAAUUAUGCAUGUGUGUUUUUGUGUAUCCAAAGCAACUGUUGGGGUCCUGAAUCUCUGUAGCAAGGUUGCUAUCCUUUAAGGGCUAAUGGGCACACUGAAAUGUUCAGAAAGUGCCCAGGGCGCCUGCCACAAAAUGGCUGCCUUGGUGGCGUGGCAUAAUACAAAAUGGCUACCACACCUAUAAGAACAGAAAAACAGGUGAUUCUGCAGAAUGAUGUGAACAUGCUCCCCCGUCAGUGAGUGGAAAAUGUACAUAUACCAGCCACUUCUGGACUCACUCACUGUUAAAAGUUAUUUGCUUGUCUCCUCAGUUCAGAAUGGAAAGGAGGGUGGUUGUCAAAUCCUGGCAUCUGGUGAAAUGAGAGCAUGUUUAAGGAGUUGUGUUCAGUCACACAUUGUGGAUUCUUUAGAUACCUUUUGUGGGUGCCAUUGAAAAUACCGGCAGGCACAUGGAGUAGGGGGUUGAAUCAUUCUUCUCUAAAAGGUAUUAAUGAAGGAUAUUCAUUUACCUUAUGCAUAGCAGUUUCAGCAACUGCAUUAUAGAUACUGGAAAGUUAAUUUACGUUUCAUUGAUUUUCAUACUUUUGGUUUUCAAGCACCAUUGAAUUCAGCCUCCAGGAAGAGAUGGAAUUGGGCAGGAAGUUGAUCAGAUACUACUUUUCAAUACAAAAGCAAGUCAAUGCAGGGGAGUCUUAGGCUCUCGGACACCCUCCUGCUGACUUGUCUUCAAAUUUUACAUUUGAACAGAUCUAAACAGCAGUUAAGCAGCGUGCACAAGGUCAUGUGUUUGGUUGUGCAGAACAAGAGUCCCCUUAUUCCUUUCUUAACUGUUCAGGUGCUGUUCUUAGAUCACAUCCAUGCAUUUCAAGCACAUUUAACACACAACUAAACACACGGCUUCUUCCCCCAAAUAAUCCUGGGAACUGUACUUUGUCAAGGGUGCUGGGAAUGGUAGUUCUGUGAGGGGUGAACUACAGUUCCUAUAAUUCUUUGGAAAAAGCCAUGUGUUCUAAAUGUAUGGUGUGGUUGUAACCCUAGUUAGUGAUAAUAAUAAUAAUAAUAAUAAUAAUAAUAAUAAUGAGAAUAUUUAUACCCCGCCCAUCUGGCUGAGUCUCCCCAGCCACUCUGGGCGGCUCCCAAUCAAGUAUUAAAAACAAUACAGCGUUAAAUAUUAAAAACUUCCCUGAAGAGGGCUGCCUUCAGAUGUCUUUUAAAGAUAGGAUAGCUACUUAUUUCCUUCACAUCUGAAGGGAGGGUGUUCCACAGGGUGGGCGCCACUACUGAUCCAAACUGAUCCAUUGCUGAUUAUGACUGUUGGUUUUUGUGCCUGGGAGACUUGAAUUUUCAUCAGUCCCUCAUCCAGCCCAACAUGAGCAGGGAUAAUUGGAGCCAAUGUUCCCACCCACAAACCUGCGAUCUUUGAGUAGGAGUUGAUAGGUGCCCUUCAAUCAGCAACACACAUAGGCAGCAGAUUGAAGAGCGUUUUAGCAGUCCCUUGAAGAGUUCCAUUUACUCACUGAGCUGAGGAAGAGCCAGAGACAUCAAGGCACAUGAGAGCUGGAGGGGAGAGUGCAAAGUAGUGAGAGGUGUGUUUUUUCCCUGGAGAUGAGGAAAAAAGGAAAUUAAAACACAUCAAGAAAAGGUCGUUUAGAAAUUAAGUUAUUUUAAAGUGGCUUCCGAGGAUAACACUUAGUAGCAUUCUCCCUCGCUGCUCCAUAUUCAUCCUGAAGAGCAUUGGUCCAGGAUGCUACGUUUGCGAAUCUGAACUUCAAACCUGCUUUGACCGUAGGGCAGUAAACAAGCCAUUUGUGCUAGUUUCCAAAUAGGGGCAUUGCAAAAGAGAAUGAGCUUCACAGAGACAUAACUGUGGAUAUUUUCACCCAUGCAAGUGAAGUGCAUAUCGAACGUACAUCACUCUGCAGACCAAGUUUCUGUAACACCUCCAAUGUAGCUAUUUUCAGUAGGGGUUGUUUACCCAAUAAUCAGUGAGAAUUUGCCAUGAUAUGAAAUACUGAGUGUUGCAUAUGCUUAUAUGAGUCAACCCACCGGCAGAAGAUAAGACUAGAGCAGUUGAAAUGAUAAGUAGGUGCUAAUUGGAAAGUGGCCCAGAAAUGCAGUAGUUCCUCCUGCUUUUGAGGCCUGAUGGCUCGUCUUGACUGCUUCCUUCUCCCUAAUUUGCACAGUACCUCAGUGCUUUAGAAUCUCUUGCAGAGCAUGUUGUAUGUCUAUGAAAUGUGUUUAUAUAUAAUAGAACAUGCAUCUCUCUUCGUCUGGGCAUGAUUAUGCACAAUAAGACAACCUUGAGAUGUUUCUAAAGGUUCCAAAGGGAAUACAAAACAUAAAAGACGGAAAUGUUUGACAGCUUAUAGGUGCUGAGUUGUAAGCUGAAAGUGUGCUCAAACGAUUCCAGUUCUAGACUCUUCUAUACUGCUGGAAGAGACCUGAAAGUCCUGGGUGGAAAAAAGAUUAAAACUGACAUGCAACUGACAUUGUAUAUUUCUGUUAUGCUGCAAGGAGAAAGGAGAGAAUAAAGUUUACCAAGCCAGAGAUGCGCAUGAGUAAAGAAAGGCCAUUCUGUAUUUUAUCUUUUGCAAACAGAAAAUAAUUUGAAAUUAGUUCAUAAGGGAGGGAGGAAUACUGUGCCUCUCAUCUCUGAUGCUGCUUUUCCUAAAAGGAGACAUUGGUUUUAAUAAUAAUAAUUUAUUAUUUGUGCCCCUCCCAUUUGACUGGCUUGCCCCAGCCACUCUGGGCGGCUUCCAGCAUAUAUAAAAACAGUAAAACAUUAAACCUUAAGCUUGCAGGGGGGGGGGGGUCGCAUAACUACAUUGUGCAGUUUAAAACAUUUCUCAUCUUCAAAGAGUCCUAGGAACUUUCGUUAACAUCUCAUAGAGCUACAAUUCCCAGCACCCUUUGCAAAUUUCAAUUCCCAGGAUUCUCGGGGGCAGAGGAAUGUGCUGUUGUGUACAGAGCCCUAGCUUUACAGAGGCAUUUUUUUCUGUAUAAUAGACUUUAGUGUAGGACAAGUGGAACCAAAUACAGAAUAAUACAUUGUGGAAUGCUCCAAUUCCGUUCCAACUCCAGUUUUCUUUCAUUUUUUUCGCCGUCUUCACCUGAAAAUCAGUUUGCAUUUUGUGCCCACUGAGCACAAUCAGAUCUUGUCCUCCUUGGGAUUCCUCCCUUGAAGUGAUUUUGCACUUGAUAAAUCUCCUCCUUGUUUGUGGAUGCCGCAACUUGGCUUUUUAGCAUAUAGGAUCGCAUGGUCUGAAGGGACUUGAUGACAACUUUGCUGAAGCUAAGCAAGUCUGGGUCUCUUUAGUCCCAAGAUGGAAGACUCUGUGGGAGCCCUAUGUGUGCUUCCAUGGAAGAAAGGCAGGAUAUUAAUUCAAUAGGCAGCAAUUCAGAAGCACUGGGGAUGGAACUCGGAGCAGAACCUGGAUUCUCAGUAUAAGUGCUCUUCAUUUUUGUUGUUGCCUGAAAUGAAAUGACGGUAGUAUUGAUACUGCCUCUAUUAAAUCUGUACACUGCAUUAUGGUCCCAGCAGUGUUGGCAAAAUUGCUGUUUACAUCAUUUUCCUAUGUGCUACAGUAUGCUAGAGAGUGAUUCCAACACUGAAUAAAUGUGUAUUUAAAAAUUCCUUAGAAACUUUCAAGUUUUAUUGUAUGUUUAAAUUGUGCUCGUUUUAAAAAAUAAAACCUGACUCUUCCCCUCCCUCUCUUCUGUCAUUCUGGGCUUCUCCUUUAGGUCACACCAAGUCCUUUGAGAUCCUCUUCUGUGGAAAGCCAGCUAUUCCCCAGGCAGCCAAGUGCUAAAAUUAUAUCUCUGCAGACAUCUGACUGCAAUCUCUCUCCUCCUGCUGAUUUCGAUACUCCAGCCGAGUUUUCUUCUUGCUUGGAUAAUUCAGCUGCUAAGCACAAGCUUUUAGUGAAACCACGGAACCAAAGAUCCAGUAGAACAAGACGACCUGCUUCGGUAAUAAACCCAAAAAAGAGAGAUACAUUUAAAAACCAUUUAAAAACAUAUGUUCUUUGUCCCCAUUGCUAUGCUUCCUUAUCAGUUGUGCUUGGUGAGACCUGCAUGUGUGCAUAUUUAAUUCCCCAUAGAACAAGGGACAACAGGAUAGUAGAACCAGUUUUAGCAGCAAUAACAAAGGAAGUGCAGAGAAUAAUCAAAGGGACCCACUUUUAAAAGUUGCCUUUCCUCUUAUCGCCUCUUCGUGAGUCCAGAAUUAUUUAUUGUAGCUGGAAAUUACACCUAUUGGGUCACUUUUUUAAAAAAGAGUGAAUGCUGGCAUUCAUUCUAAAUGUGGAACACACACAUUUCCUGCCUUGGCAGCAGUUACUUCAAGAAUGUAGUGAAUGUGUGAAGCCACUUACACCACCCUUACGAUGUAACCAAGGUUCUACAUUGAAGGGCAAGAGCCCUAUACAUAUAGAGCAGGCUUCCUGCUACAAACAUGCUCCUGGCCCUGCUGUUACCUGCACACAGGUGUAAAUCACAUGAAGAGGAGCUCCUGAAUAGGGCUAGACAUAACAAAUUGAAAACUAGUUUAAUUCACCCCCCCCCUUAUUAUUUUCUACUGUGACAUCUCUGAUAUCUCUUCAUAUGUCAAGAUGUCCACCGGUAUUUCUGGGUCCUUUUCUUUGACUAUAAUUUCUGGCAUGGGAGCCGCUGCAGUGCAGAUUCUUCUGAUCCUACUUGGGUCAUGAUUAGAAGUUUCAGGAUUGUGUGUGGGAGCAGUUCACUUCAUGGCCCCUCCCCUUGCCAGCAUUGGUCCAGUUUCUAGGAGGUAGUGGCCAGACACCAUGAUGUACCCCAGCAGGUAGGACUCUGUGGUUAAAUGUGUUCCUUUUACAGCUCAGCCCUAUACCUAUCAACUUGGAAGUAUGGUACAAUGCAAGGCCACCUCCUCUGUAAUUCUUCCCCCCCUCCCAGGUGGAGUAAAGGUAAAUUGUAAAAAAUAAGUGUGUUUCUCUCUGCUCCGUUAGACUUUCAGUAUAGUUGUUAGGUCUUUAAAUAUCAGAUAUUUUAGUUUGCUUGGGAGUCUUCUGCCAUUUGCACUGAAAUGCAUCCAUCUGCCCUCCUUUUUAAGUGUUAUUUUGUAUGUGCGUAUUCCCACCCCCAUUUUCCCUUAAGGGUUUUUGGUGAUUGCUUUUCAUGGCCAGUUUGGUUUGAGAAAAAUAGUAGCAGCCAGUGGCCAAAAAGCUAUUGUACCUCUAGAAUGCAAAGUCUUGCUUUUAAACCAUCCACAUCCAAACUGUCAGUUAUCACAGUUGGCUGUGGUUAAACAGAUGGAUAAAUACUAGAACUACAGGAAGAUGUGUAAUCUGUGUAUUUUGUCAACAUCAUCCUGUGAAGAUUUAUAUCAAAAACAUCUCACAUAAAAAUAAAUAUCUUACGAUCUUUCAGGAAGCUUUUUUCCUAUUUUGAAAGAGAAAAUAAAGAUCAAGUGUAAAAGAGAGAGAGAGAGAUUGUCACAGCUUAUAAAAAAAGCCAGCUGAAAUUGCAGUUUCAUUGAUGUUUUCUUCUUAUUUAACGGCAGCACAAACAAAACCAUUUGAGGAAAAGGAAAAUCAUUAUUAAGAACUAUGAAAUGAUGAAACUUAUGUUCAUGUAUACAUGUUUUCAUUACUUUUGUUUGCCCCAUGUAUUUAGUUGUUAGAGUAUUUAUAGCUCACUAUAUUCCCUUUUCCUCCUAUCGCAUAAUGAUUUUUAAUGCAUAGGAAUAAAAGAAAUUGAUGUAUAGUACACUUAAAAACACUGCAGGGAGUUGUCCUAUUUUGGGGGGAGCACUUGGGGGAACAUUAAUGAUUCUGCCAUCUUGACAGCAGGUAAAUAAAAUAAAGUUGUGAUGUGCUGAACAUAUGAUAAAAAUCUUCCAUUUCUCACUUGUAGAGGAACCUGUCAGAAUUUCAGAAUGACUUGAGCUGCACACCUGAAGAAGACAAAAAUGAAAGGAAUGAGAUGCUAGCUGAACUAACCUGUGAAGGUGAUAGUUCCAACCAUAAGAAGCCAACAGAGAGCGCAGAUUUAGCAAAUUCAGUGUACUCCCAGCAACUUGAAAUGUCAAAAGAUCUUCAGCAUAAUUUGAGUCACCAAAAUGAAAAAACCCGCACUCUGCACACCACUUCUGAAUCACAUAUGCUUCUCUGUGAAAAUAAGCCAGAGGGCUGCCAAAAUACACAAGAAAUAUCACACACCGUAUUGUCAUUGUUUCUUCAGAAGAAAGUAGAUACAGCUGCCCUAAAUCUUAUUGCAAACCAAGAAUCACAAAGGGAGAGAGAGCACUCUGAAACACUAAAGAUUUCCUCUUGCAGUUUAUUAAAUAGCACAUCACUUAAUAUUUUAAAUCAGGAAAAUAAACAGACUUAUGGUGUGCAAUCUAAAUAUGGCAUGCUGUCUGAUAAGAAUGUCUCAACCAAAGAUGAUGUGAUCCCAACGCUAGGUGGAAGAGAAAAAAAUACAUUCAAAGAUGCCAAGGCACUUUUGGAAGACAUUUCUAACAAGGGAACUAUAAAUGCAUCUCCUUCACUGCCUAGCACCAUCAGUCUUAUAUCAAAAAAUUCAUCCCACAUCACAGAAUUACCAUAUUCUGAGAGCAAUAGUAUUUCCCAAACUUCUUGCACGGUCCCAUCACCACAAACAGACCAACCUCCUCCUUUGAACCUAGAAAAAGUAAAACCAAUUCAGGUGCUAUCUGUAUCCGAUAAAGAAAACAGUCACCCAGCAAUACCUGCUGUGUUGAUUUUAGGAGGGAAAGAAUCCAGUGAUCAAAGCACUGCAAGAAAAUUCUCUGUCUCGUCAGCUUGGGGAAGGUCAAGGGCUAGCAGCUUGAACAUGAAGGACACUUUAGUGUAUGAAAAUCUACCAGCAAUGCAGAUCUUGCAGGCUAAAAUUAAAAACUCUCCAAGAAACGAGAAGGUAAAAGAGGAUACAGAGGUUAACUCCUGCCAAGAGAGAAAAGGCUGCACUAGCAAGUGGGCCUCCUCAUCAGAGUUGGAAUCAGAAACCUCUGGGAGAUCAUCAGACAGAAUGGAAGCUAGUCCACCGCCCCAGGUCAUGGCUUCAAAACCAGUGCUGAGUAAUUUUUCCACUGCUCUUCCACAGCAGUCAAGUACUGCCGAGUCAAGUUGUGAAGAAAAAAAUCCCUUCCAAGUCAAGCUUAGAUCCACAUCUUUAUCACUGAAAUAUAGAAACAGCUCUUUGCAGGAAUCAAAGGAGGCUAAAAGAUACAGUGCGGAGUUUAAUGUGGAAAAAGAGGGACUACCUUUGACAUCCCUAAAAAGCGAAAAAGCAGAGGCUAAAAAAACAAGUGAUGUAAAUGCCACUAGCUUUUUAACUGAAAGCCUCAAAGCUAAAUCAAAGGCCUCUGAACAGGGUAGCACAAAACCUCCAUUGCCAAGGAAACCUAUUUUGCAACACUACUUUAUUGCUGGCACUAGCACAAACAUAGAAAAGCAGGAAAAGGUAACCAAAUAUCCUGAGUUGAAAAAUGAAGGCAAAGAUUUGGAGACGAAACCAAGCCCACCCGAAGUGCCUGGUAAGAAUACUCUUUCUUGAGAUUUUUGUGUGCCUAAAGAAGGGGUGGGGAACUGGAUCACUGUGUUUGCCCAAAAUGGUUCAUACCGAUUUCAGAGGCUUGCCCGGCCUGAUUAGGACUCCAGGUCAGAAGUUUCACACCUCUGCCCUGAAUAUAUUUAAACUGCAAUAUCUUUUUUAAAAAUUACUGCAAAAUCACUUUUACAGCAACAGAACAAACCGUAAAGUAACCAUACAUUUUUUUACAGCGUGCCAGAAAAGGAUAAAUCUCCUACAGCUCCAUCAGCAGUCUGCAAAGCUCAGUAGCUUGUGUUUAUACUGUUAUCAUUAAUACAUGCAUUAGUAUAUACACUGUGUUGUUUGUUAUGUUUCUGUGUUGUAAACUGCCCUAUGGGCUUUUCACAAAGGGAGGUACAUAAAUUUCUUAUCUACCUGUUUUGGUGGGGAGAGACCUGACCAGACUAAGCAAAGCCCCAAUGCGCCUCCAGCUCACAAGGAGACUUCCCCCGGAGCCGAAAGGCGACAUCCUCUACAGGCUCAAGAGAGGGUCUCCUCGUGUGUCGGAUGUGCAGCAGGGCUUUGCUGAGGCUCUUCAGCCUCCCAGCUAACAGCUGACAUGUUGGUAAAGCUGUGCCUCAGCUGAGCAAGCCCCCAGAGCGGGCGCAGUUGGGCUCUGGGAUGGGUCUUCUGAGGGAGGUGUAUCCUGGCACCUUUUUCUCUAGGAAAAAAAAGCACUGAUUUCACUUGUGAGAAAAAUGGAGCAGCUGAUGUCUGAUAUAGGUAUGCCAGUACAGUGGUACCUCGGGUUAAGUACUUAAUUUGUUCCAGAGGUCCGUACUUAACCUGAAACUGUUCUUAACCUGAAGCACCACUUUAGCUAAUGGGGCCUCCUGCUGCCGCUGCACUGCCGGAGCACGAUUUCUGUUCUCAUCCUGAAGCAAAGUUCUUAACCUGAAGCACUAUUUCUGGGUUAGUGGAGUCUGUAACCUGAAGCGCAUGUAACCUGAAGCGCAUGUAACCCGAGGUACUACUGUACUCCAGUUUUUCUGUUUAUUAUUAUUUUUAUAACCUUGAGACUAACUAGCAGGUUUCUUGUUUAUAUAGCUCCAUUAAUUUGCAUCAUACUUUACAAGGUGGAGUUGGACAAAUGGGAGAGAACAGAUGGAGAACAGGCAUAUAGGAGGGAGACACUUGGGUAGCCAGGGAUUAACGUGGAUUAAUGUUGCCCCAGCAAGGAACAAGCUGAAACAGAGCCCCUAUAUAGCAAUAGAGGCAGUAAAAAGUAAAGGUAAAGGACCCCUGGACAGUUAAGUCCAGUCAAAGGCAACUAUGGGGUUGUGGUGCUCAUCUCACUUUCAGGCCCAGGGAGCUGAUGUUUGUCUGCAGACAGCUUUCCAGGUCAUGUGGCCAGCAUGACUAAACUGCUUCUGGUGCAAUGGAACACUGAGACAGCAACCAGAGCUCAUGGCAACUCCAUUUACCUUCCCACCGCAGUGGUACCUAUUUAUCUACCCACGCUGGUGUCCUUUUGAACUGCUAGGUUGGCAGGAGCUGGAACAGAGCAACGGGAGCUCACAUCGUUGCAGGGAUUCAAACCGCCGACCUUCUGAUCGGCAAGCCCAAGAAGCUCAGUGGUUUAGACCACAGCGCCACCUGCAUCCCUUUAGAAGCAGUAGCAUCAGUUUACGCCUAAUUGUUAUCACCACCUGGGCUGCGAGAUGCUCCUUGCCUUAAAUUGCAUAGUUGUCUUCAGUAAUCUGCUGCGAUGGAGGAGUGGAGGAGCCUCAGGUCUUUCGAAGUCUUCUUUCAAAGUGUCCGCUGAGUUAGAGGAAAGCAGUGCCACAUCUUCAGGUUGGGCAGGGGGCAGCGGAACUGGCCCAGGAGGUUCAUCUGAGACACUUAUGGGGCUGCCUUUGCUUGUCCUUCCCCUCCUGCUUCAGAGUGCCCACUCUCAAUCUCUGAAGAUGAGAAAUCCAACUCCAGCAUCAUGACAUUAUCUUACCAACCAUGGUAACUCUCACUGGCAGUACCCCUUUUUUAGAUGUUCCUUAGCAUGGACAGUAAAUGUAUUUAUUUAAGCAUAUUUCUGCAAAGCCUUUCUGAAAACAGUUCAUGUGUCUUGCCUUUCAGAACAUUGGUCUAUUUAACGAGUUCCCAAAUUCAGUCUCUAUGUUGGGGAAUCUUUAUUUCCCAUUUUUCCAAACUUAAAUUUUGUUCCCUGCGUGCCAGUGGUCAGGAAUGGUAGAAUUUGUAGCGCAACAACAUUGGGAUGGCUACAGGUUAGCCAACCCUGUUUGAGAUUAAUCAUGGUGCUGUCUCACUGUCACAAGACCAGUUUUAUAAGGAGGCAGUUUUGUACUGAUGUCAUUACACUUCGUAACUGAGACUCUAAUAAGUGCUUAUAGAUGAGGUGGAAAAUCCGUUUGACUUUCCAAGCAUUUGCAAAUCUGGUGUGCCCCAUAUCUUUCUGCCCAUCUAACUGCAACAGUGGUGCUCUGUUUGUGCAUUUGAAGAUGUACCGAGUGCCAGCUGGCAACAGCCCUACAAACCAGAAUUUCCUACAUUUCAGUGGUCUGGAGGGAUAUGUAACUAAUACUGUGAAAACUCUGUAUGAGUAAAACUGUUCAUACACCGAUUUUAUAAUGUUCCUUUAACUUCUCUUGAUGAAAUAUGUUUUGAUUUGCAAUUGUAAGCUGUCUUGUAAAUGAAUAAGUAAUUAUUAUUUUUAUUUUUUACCUCAAGGUUAACUCCACAGGUUCUUAUAACUGCGGUGUGUGCUGCAUAGUGACCAUAUAUUUUGUAGUGCUUGGGCAUUACCUGUAGGCUAAAGACUGAUCCUCAAGAUGAAUAGUGUUGCAACAUGCUCAUUUAUCCUCAGUCAGUAGAUCAUGAGGCGCUUAAUCUCAGCGUCGUGGGUUCGAGCCCCACGUUGGGCAAAAGAUUCCUGCUUUGCAGCGGGUUGGAUUAGAUGACAUUUGUGGUCCCUUCCAACUCUUCCAAUUCUAUGAUUCUAUAACGUUUAGCAUAUAUAUGCUGCUUUAGUGGUGCAAAUGGGUCAUAAAUAUGUCUUUAACUCCGGUGCCUCUUUACUUGAGUGACAGUGCUGGAAAUGGAUAGACUUCACAUGCAAUAGAACGGAUUAAUCCGUUUUGCAUUCCUUUCUAUGGGAAAGUGUGCCUUGGUUUUGGAACGCUUUGGUUUUGGAACGGAAUUUCCGGAACAGAUUAAGUUUGAGAACCAAGGUAUUUAUUCGUUUACUUGUUUGCUAUCAUUGCUCGCUCUCUCUUUCAUUUCUGCUUCUAAUUCACACACACACACACACACCGGCCUAAUCUGCAACACUCCGUGUCCACCUCUGUCUUAAACCAAAUCCAACUUCAUGCAUGAAAACUGCAGGAUAUAUAGGCGCGUUUUCCAAACCAGACUUUCCGCAACCUUUGGAGAAGAUACAUUUCUCCCUGUUGUGUUGGUGCAGAGAAUGGUACCUACAUUGCCUGAGACAGCCCCAGUAGAGCCUGGCUUUGACAGUGAUGCCACUUGAACGGGAAGUUCUGGGGAAUGGGUCAGGAGCAAACGUCAACCAGGUGCAAAUUGGAGUGGCGACUGCACCUCAUUUUUGUUAUUAUUCUUAAAAUUUAUAUACCGCCCUAUACCCACAGGUCUCAGGGAUAAAAUCACAAUAUGAAAACAAAAAAUGCAUCAUCAAAAUAAAAACAAGAACAACCCAAUAACCCCACCCAAAUUAUCAGAGAGGGAAAACAGCAUUUUAAAUACACAAUAUUUGUAAUAAAAAAGAUAAAAAUAAGCACCCAUCAAGUAUCGUCAAGGAGUAGAUCAAAAGAUCAAUUUAACUGUCUUUCAAACCAAAACAUUGGUGUGUGUGUCCCCCAAUUGUAACCAUUCAUAGAAGCUCUUUGAUCCAGUGGAGGCUUCCAUGAAGGGGCACCUGGCAAUUAAAUAGGGACCCGAUCCAGGAGAAGGACCAGUUCAAGUUCCACCUUUCCCCACCCACACAAUCUUUGUGUGCAGCUUCCCAACCAUCUUGUGUGUUUUGGACUGUUUUAAGGAACCAGGAAUUUUUCCCAGACCUUUGACUUUUCGUUUCAGAAGAUUUGGAAUAUUGGCUACCCCGUAGCAAAAUGAUUGUCUGGAAUGAAGGUUUGCAGAGUAGCUCUGCCACAGCUGACCAGACACAGAGCCAAGAACACAAUGUGACUGGCUGUUGAUGUUCACAUCCGGGUAGCUAAUGGCAUUUUGAGCAACGCCAUUGGAUUGGAUUACUCAGCACAAAGCUAGUAAGGUUGGCUAGCUUGUGCUACUAUCAACAGUCAAUACAGGCUGACAAUAACAUCACAUUCUAGUGAGUGCCUGCAUGGGAGAAUACAUAAACACCAUUCUGAUACUAGUCUCUUUAUUUUUCACUCCUUCCUAAUUUUUAACAUUAGAUUUGCCUUGUCCUCUGCUUGGAUUGCAAGGAGACUUCAUUCGUCCUAGGAAAAUUGUUCUUGCACAGUCUGCUCUGAACUAUCUACCGCUCAGGAAGAGGGAGAAACUGUGACUGAAAAUAACCCUAUCCAAAUUUAUUUAGCAACAUGACAUUUAGUAGCUCAUCUGUAUAAGUGAAAUGCAGAUGAUGUAAACAAUGGCAUCAUUUUUACAGCUUCUCCCUCUCAAAGCAUUUGCAUCCAUUCCAAUAAUUGGGUGGUUCCCCCCCUUUCUUUUUUUAAAAAUGUCCUUGGAAUACUGCCACACGGCUUGUUUUAAAACUGAAGAUUCAUAGAUGUGUAGAACAGAAUAUUUUUCAAAAUCCAGGUAUAAUAUUUAAAAAGGAACCUAAUGAAUACUAGCUGAAGAAAUAUAUAAUAAGAAUGAUAGCAGCCUCUCCAAAUGUGUUUCUUUCUGUCAGUCUCUCUCUUUGGGAGGAAAUGUACCAAUGAUGUAAAGCAGAAAAUCCCCACAUGAUAAAAAAUAAUAAUACCAAGCUAGAUCAACACAUUGCUGCUUGCUAAUGAUAUCCCAAAAUCUUCUGCUUGAGGUGAGCUGCUCUAUCCUGCCUAAUGGAAGGUGAAUUCUGAUUUAUUGUGUGCAGAUCUUUUGUUAGUAAUCCCAGAACAAAACAGACCGUUUAUUCAGUUUACUGCUUCUCUUUGUAGCAGUAAUGGACAGAAGCAGCAAUCAGACUAUGAAAAGAGUUGGCUUCAGGACUCUGGGUCCCACCCUGAUUUAUGACAUCCUCAGUGUUUUGUGUUGCCAGAGUGAGUCAUAAAUGCUCGCUUGACUGCCACAUGAAUGGUUCUUAUUUUUCAGCCAUUCAAGGUGAUCUAGCAUCAGGCCUACGAAUAGAUAACAAGCAGUUAUUCUGAGUGCAGCCAUUCCUGUCUGUGGUAUGUGUGGCUCUCAGGCUUCUCAGAAGGCCAAACAAUAUUAGGUUCAAACUACCUGAGAUGGCGGGACGCGGGUGGCGCUGUGGGUUAAACCACAGAGCCUAGGACUUGCCAAUCAGAAGGUCGGCGGUUUGAAUCCCCGCGACGGGGUGAGCUCCCGUUGCUCGGUACCUGCUCCUGCCAACCUAGCAGUUUGAAAGCACGUCAAAGUGCAAGUAGAUAAAUAGGUACUGCUCCAGCAGGAAGGUAAACGGCGUUUCCGUGCGCUGCUCUGGUUCGCCAGAAGUGACUUAGUCAUGCUGGCCACAUGACCCGGAAGCUGUACGCCGGCUCCCUCGGCCAAUAAAGCGAGAUGAGCGCCGCAACCCCAGAGUUGGCCACGACUGGACCUAAUGGUCAGGGGUCCCUUUACCUUUUACCUGAGAUGACAAGGUAUGCCUGUGUGUUUAAACCAGGAGCUGCCUACAUUGCAUACAAAUGUUUAUUUCAUUCUUCUGGUUGUUGUUGUUUUGCAUUGGACAUUCUAACAUUCUUCCUGUUGGCAGUGGCGUAGCGUGGGGGGUGCAGGGGGGGCCGGCCGCACCGGGCGCAACAUCUGGGGGGGCGCGCUCGCACUUGCAGCUCUCUGCCCCUACCUGGCUCACUCACUCUCUCUCACUGCAGUGCUGGCUGUGCGAAUCCGAUCCGAGCUGCUGGGUCGCCGCCCACUGUGGAGGAGGUGGGUGCCAGGCGUGCGGUGCGGAGAGAGAGCGAGGGAAUAUCUGGGGGAGGGACAGUGCAGCGGCCGCCCAGCGCAGCGCUGAGCGCGGGAGAGAACCACACCAGCCCAGCCCAGGCAGCAGCAAGAAGAAGCUGGCAGCAGCGGCAGGUUAGGGGUUAGGGGGCGCAAAUUACUUGCCUUGCCCCGGGUGCUGACAACCCACACUACGCCGCUGCCUGUUGGUGGUCUUGUUUCUGCCUUGAAUUCCUUCAAUGUUAGGCUCAUCCACGCUUGUCCUUGUCCCAUGCCUAGAAGGCACACAGGUCUGAGCAAUUUCCCACUUGCCCCGUGCUUUCUAGGCAUGGAUCCAAGCAGUUUUGCCUUCAUUGCGCUUCUUUCCCCAGGAAAACCUGCUCUUUAAUGCUAAAUCACAAGACAUCAGAGAUGUCGCAAUCAGCCAAAAACUCCAUUGCUGUAUGAUCCUGCUGAGUGCUAAAUAUCGGGUUUCCCCUGGGGAACGCAGCAGGCCAAACACAGGUGUGGACAAGCUCUUCAUCCCAAAUGCUGCUGCUCAUUUGCUGUUUUCUGUUUCUCAACCUCUCCUCUCCCCUCCCUUUCCCCACUCCUCUCCAACCCCAUUUGCCUCUGUUUUUCCCUUUCUGCUCUUGGUCACUUGAGUACCACCUCCUUGAUAUUUGAGGCUGCAAUGCUUGACAAACCUACCUAGGAGAAAGGACAGUUAAACUCAGUGGGACUGACUUCUGAGUAGACAUGUACAGGGUUGCACUGUGAACUCUCUGGCUCUAUUUGUACAUCCUAGCCCCUGUUUAGAUCGCAUCAGUUUACCCCUUCUUCCUUUUUUAACUUUCCUUCCCAUUCUUCUCUAAAGUGCCUCAUCUUUGCAUAUUUCACAUAUUAUAUAAUCUGCCCUGCACCUAGAGUUCCACAGAGAGGGCCCAACAAACAUUUUAAAACCACGAUAUAUAAAAUCAAGUCAAAACAAAUCUUUAAUCAUUGUGGCAGCAGCGGAGAAAUAAAAAUACAGCCAACAGAUAAAAUCAUUAGAGUUUGCCUUCCCCUUCCCCAGUGACCUGCACAGAAAGGUCCAUCUUCACCUACCUUAGAAAAGACAGUUUAUGUUGGAGACUGAUGUAACUCAGAGCUGGGGUCAUUCCAUAAAUAUGGAGCCAGGGCAAUUGUAAGCCUGCAUGCAAGGACUGCAUUUUGUUUUGCUUUGUCUUUAUAUGCAUAGUUUAUUGGUUUUUAAGUUUGGACUGCACUCUAUUUUUAAUUAUUGUACACAGUGCUAUUUUUCUAGAAAAAGAGGUGCCGAAACUCACUGUGAACACCUCCCUUGUUCUCUUAUAAUGGCAAUGGUGCCCACCUGAGAGGGGCCAGAACUCAGUUCCAAAAAAAGGGGGGGAAAGAAGCUGCUCUGAUUGUACAGCACCCAGCAUAUCUAACCACUUUGUUACUAAUAAGUAAUAGCAGGUGUAUGCACAUCUACAAUAAAGGUAACUUCAGAAGUCGCAGAAGAGCAGUUGGUGGGCAUAAAUCAGGCUUCCUCAAACUCGGCCCUCCAAAUGUUUUUGGCCUACAACUCCCAUGAUCCCUAGCUAGCAGGUCCAGUGGUCAGGGAUGAUGGGAAUCGUAACCUCAAUACAUCUGGAGGGUUGAGUUUGAGGAAGCCUGGCAUAAACAAAUGAAGCAAAUACCGUGUAAAGAAGAGGUGGCUGUUGUAAGCAUUAUUGAAGGUUCAUCAGCUUCUUCCUAUCUGAGUUGAGUUGCAGGAAGCAUGGCAGAGUGAGACUGGGAAACUUAUUGUGGAUGUGUUGCAGGCAUCUUCCUGCAUGCAGGACAAGCACGGAAGGAAGCAUCCAUGGCUCUUGUGUUGAUCCAAAAAGCCCCAGACAGCUUGGGUCUUGGAUACCUUAAGGACUGCCUGAGGCUUUAUAAUCCCCAUUCAGUCAUUAAGAUUGUCCAAAGGAGUGCUUGUUGUUCACUACCAGCAUGUCACUGAACCUCCCUAAAGUGAUUUGGGGUAGUGUGCAAGAUAACAGUUCUGCACUAGCUUCACUCCUUCUGACUGUAUAUAACAUGGGCUUCAUGUAACCCAGGCAACUAUAGUCACGCCAUAUCCAUUCCUCUAUCAGAGUCUGCAGGAGAGAAGCAGGACAAAGGUCAAGUUCAGAAAUCCGAAGCUGACAAUAUUACAGUUUUAGAGCAGUUUUCUGGGGUGUGUAUUUGUAGAGGUUUCUCCCUAGUGGCUGGCCAUCUCUUCGGUUCACAAGGAAAGCUUUGCUUUCUUUAACACUAAGACCGACUUUCUUUCUCCAGUAACAACAGACUGAGUUUCCCUCUCCAAUACCUUUCUUCCCAAAUUAUCUCAGCAGAGAAAAGUGUGCCUUCUCCUGUGAUUGCUGCAGCAGACACUGCAAGAGGAACUGAAAGCCAGACAGUGCCAGCCUGGAUUACCAUAGCAAAACAAAAGCAGAGGGUCAUGGAGCAAGAGCUUAGCAAAGAAGAUAAACUGGUGGCUGCGGAUAAGGCAGACGCAGAAAAACAAAUACAAGAGAAGGAGCGAAUGGAGGUAAUACAGGUCAUCCCUGCUUGUGACCUGCAUGUGACAUUGAAUUGGGGCUCUUUGCUUUAACCUGCUUCUGCAAGGUAUCUUGUAAUCAAGGUUGGCAGGUAUUCACCAACUCUGCUAUUGCAUGCAAAUGUUCAGCAAGCGUAAAAGCGGGUAGAUAACUUAAGUUCUGAGCUACACGGGGCUGUCCGUGUUGGAAUUCACAAAGAAUGAAUUCCUCAAGCACCCUCAGACUUUGUUCUCCUUUUCCCACACCCACACACUUUUUUUGUAUUUUUAAGUGAGAUAUGCGUGUGGUGGAGUUUUAAUUCUGUAAAGGGCAAGUGCUCACCUGAUGCACCUUUUUUUUCUUCUAUAGCAAAUAUCCCAAUGACAUUUGAGCCCUUUUUGUAAUCAACCCUAUUCUUCCUUUUGCAAAGGUGGGCUUCCCUCUUCAACAGUGGAGCUCCUAUCUCCGAUGGGAGCUUUUUCUUUAAGGAGCGUUGCAGCGUUUCCUUUAGCCUUCCAUUUCUUUAUACAAUUAAAACAACCAGGAAGAGCUCAGCAUCAUGGGAGAAGUUACUGUAAUGACUGCAGCAAAUGUCUGUAUGCAACUGCCCUAAAGAUACCUUUUUAAUCUGCAGUGCAUUACUACAGAAUAUAAAUGUUGCAAUACCAACAGCAGAAGGCAGCAGUUUUCAAAUGAGGCAUUCAUUCUGACCAGUUCAUCUCCCUUUGUUCAAUUUGCAGCUGUGGUAAACCAGAACACCGUUCUCCAUUUCAGUUCUGAGCGUGUCUUGAAAGCUCAGCUGAUGGAAUACUUAGUUGCAGGAGUGUGUGCUUUUCCUUCUAAAAACAUCUAUGGGUUUUAAUCUGCCAGUAGGGAGAAGGGAAGUCAUGUAUGGCAUCCAUGUUUGAUGAUUUACACUGAAAGUAUAUUUACAGGCUUAAAGACUCAUGUAGAGAUAAAUGUUAUGUCACCCUAAAAAACAUGUUACAUUUUUCCUGUAACCUAUAAACCUUGGUGAGGACUUGAAUCAGAAUGAGAAAUUUUGCCUCCAGUACUCAAAAUCAAUUAUUUCUGGUACUGAGAUAAACCAGUAUAUGGAAAAAACGAACUAAGACACAAAAAGCAUCUCUGAUGUCAAUGUCAACAUUGGAAUCAAAAUCUAGAACUGCAGCAGUGAUUCUGCUGUAGUUUUUCUUCUGUGGACAUUACUUGUCUCACUGUCUUCUGUGGUAAAAUUAUAUAACUAACAUAGUUAAUUGCAUAAAUCAUUAUGUUAUUCCAGCUCAGUCAUUUCAGUGCAAAGAAAUACUAUGCAAAUGGAUGGUGGUGGAACAUAACCAAUUGCAGUUUUUUGCAGACUGAAAUGACUGCAAAUGCCAAUUAUAUUCGCUGGAUUCUGUUUUGAUCAUGGGACAAAUAAAUGAGCUUUGGCAAUUUCUGCCUACAUAAAGCAUGAGUUGGUAGUGCUAAUUUUUAACAUAGACAUUCACCCUAUUCACCCUAUGUAAUAUUCCUUACAUUUAGCUUUCUUGAUAAAACUAAUGUUUUUGUGUUGUGAUCCUGAAUUAAGCAGCAUUUUUAGAUUGCGGAAGCCGGGAAAACCCACUAGUGGUGUGAAUUCUAUGGUUUUAUUUCUUUGUGCUAAAUGUUGGUUUUGGGUCAGAUCCCAGGCCAAAGUAAACUUUGUUCAGAUGAGUAAUACUUGAAAGAAAGAAAGUCAGUUACGUUCCAUUGUGUAGGACAUUUCCAAAGGAUAGUGUGCAGAAAAACUUCCAUUUUUGGUUUGCAAAAUUUCCUGUAGAUUGUCCAAUGUAGAUUUGGUCUUACAGGAAGCUGAGUCAAAAAGCAAUUGUUAUUUUCACAUUGUGGUCAUACCUUUCGAACCACCCUGACUGUGUGUCUCUGACAGAGAAAUAAGUAUGUAUUAUCAGCAUACAGUAGUACCACCCUGUGAAUAAAACUAGCUUAGAGCAGGGUUCCCCAAACUUGGGUCUCCAGCUGUUUUUGGACUACAACUCCCAUCAUCCCUAGCUAGCAGGACCAGUGGUCAGGGAUUAUGGGAAUUGUAGAUCUGGAGAACCAAGUAUUGGAAACCCUGGAGCCAUUGAGGAAGACAGAGGCUUGACCAGAAAAUGGCUGAAAGGCUUAAGCCAACCCCCUUCUCUUUUCUUCAGUUUCCUUACAUUCUGACCUGUACCACCCUGAGGCUGCUUUUGGCUUAAAACAGCAUUGGAGCAAAAGAUAAAUCCACUGGUGUGUCAUAUUUUAAAAGCGCAGGGGCCACUGCUGCAUAGCCAUAGCUCCCUAUUGUCCAUGGGAAGCUGUUUGCUGCCAGUUUUGGCUUGCGCUUGCCCUCAUUAUCAAAAGAGGCCUUGAAUAAUUUGCUGUGGCUGCAACAGCUCAUCUCCAAGUGCUUCUAAUUGCAUAAUUCAAAAUCCCCCAAACAGUUUUCCAGUCUGUAGACUAUGAAAUGUUUAUGGAGUGUUUACAGCUCAGAUGGCAUAAAUAGGGCAAGUGUGUGUGACAUAAGACCACAUUAUUCUAUUGUUGAGCAGGGAGCCAUGUCUGCUGCUGAGUUUCUUGUGUUCUGUCAAAUCCCUACUGUGGUUCUCUUUCCCACUGAAUUAUUUAGAACAACACUAUCCUAUGGUGUGUGUGGUAUUCUCUCUCUCACCCCCCCUUUUUUUAUUUAGGAUGUUCUGAGGCAACAGACAGAUUUCACGCGAAACACAUCCUUGCCUUUCCCACCCGCAGCUUCUUCUGAAGAACAGAGAAAAGAAACUAAGUCAGAUAUGCAGGAAUCUUUGCCAGGAGGCAGCUUGCUGUCACACCAUAACCCUGGUAUGAAAACAAGACGCUAAAAUUCUGACAUAGACGCAGGCUGUAAAGUAUUUUCCAUCACACAAACAACGUUCCCAGUUUUUAUUAAGGGUUCACAAGAUUGGGCAUUUCUGCAACUUCUUCCUGAAGGCAUGCUGCUGGUUUUAUUUAUUUAAAGAAUUUAUAAACUGUACACCUUUCACAAAUACCAUGGUAGUGCCCAAAAAAAGAAAUUAAAAAUGAAAUACAAGGUUACAACAACAAGACUGAAUCAAAUCUAUCUGUAAAACCGGCAUAAACCAUGUCUGACAAUGCUACCUGAAAAAGCAUAGCUGAAUUUUAAAAAGUCUCAAGGAGGCAUUCAAAGGAAUACAGGUGCCACUCUAUUUUCCAGGGGGAAUGCAUUCCAAAUUGUGGGUGCUACCAUGCUAAUAACUCUGCCCAAGUAUUCAUUAAGCAAACUUCCAAGGUGUGUUGCACCCUCAAGAUGUCUUCACUAGAUGAUGUAGGGGUUUAAGUAGGAGGAGGUGGGAAAAGCCAGUCUCUCGAGUAAACAGCUCCUAGGCGGUUUAGGACUUUAUAUACUGUAGUAAAACCUUAAACCUGUAGUUCUGAUUUCACAUGCUAUUAGUGGGACUGAGGGCACCCUCUCCACAUCUUACGUUUUUCAACCACACAUCUAAAAACAGGACAUACAGAUGUGAUGAGCAUUCUAGCAGGUGUAUAUCUGCUUACCCAAAUUUGGGGUGGGCAGCAGUUGUGGCCCUGCCCAGCACCCCGGGCCGGAAAGAGUCUUUUCACCCUUGUGGCCGGACAUUGGGCUCUUCCUCAGCUGGCCACGGGAGGUUGGUGGGAUUGCCCACCAAAACGUGAAUCUAUGUGGCCAACGAGAGCGUCAGUGGAGGGCGGGACCUGGGCAGCAGACCGGAGUGAACAAGUCUUCACUCUGAUCUGUCUCUGGAGGAUGAAAGCCAACUGUGGCAAGGGGUCAGCAGUUCAGUUAGUGGAAGAGCAACCCACCCUAUAUGCUGUUCUUUAGGCACCAUGUUAAGAAGAUCUUGCUGUGGAUCAAAAUGGUCACCUUAUUCAGGGCUGGGAAGGAACUUGCCUGCAAAAAAAAAAAAAAAAAAGGGCCCGUUGGGUGCCUUCUUCAUCAGUCAUCACAACUUUCAGUGGAUAAGGCAUUGGGUGGAAUCCUUAGUCUGUUUCCCGGGUGUGGGGCAUCACUUUGACUUAACCUGGUGUGAUAUUGCUGGGUACCCUGGUAAAGGGGUCUGAGUGGAAGUUUCUGUCCUGAAGCCAAAGGAAGAGCAGGCAGGCCAUAGAACUUCCAGUAGCAGCCUGAGGAGUUGAGUUGUGCCUUGAAGUGGUCCCAUAACCCAGGCAUGAUCCUGUCCAAGCUUCAGCCUGCAGCCGGGAGGCUGAUACAAUGUGCACACCCAAUGCCUAAGCCAAAGCCUACUUAAAAUCUUUAAUCAAUGAAAUUGUGGCCAAUUUUUAAUCCCAGAAAGCUGUUGUGUCAAGUUUGUUCCACCUGUCCACACCUCAUGCUCCCGUCCACACUUUGUGCAAGUCUGCAAAGGCUGCCUUGUCAGAGAUUGACUCUGAUUCCAACAUAUAUACUUCAGCAAGGGCAGGAAAAGUUCCAGGUUUGCUUCUGUGCCCUACAUCAAACAUGCUGACUGAACGCUUUCUGUAGCAUGAACAAUAAAAUGAUCCCUACAAAUGAUGCAUAUGAUGAAUUGGGCACUUUAAAUUUAGUUCAGGUGUGUGCUACAGAAUAACCUUUAUCGCAGCAAAUUUAAAAGUGUUAUUAGUAGGUUAUUCAUCAUGGGUUAGGAUUCUUAAAAAGAUUUUUCAGCAUCGCCUAAUGGCACUUCAUACCAUAAUGGUUAAUUAAGCUGAUAGGGCAAAAAAAAAUCCUACUUGUUAUUCUUGAGCAUGACACUGCUAUUAAGUAAGUAAGCGAUAUUUUUGUUUUCCACACAGUUCAGUCUUCAGUGCUGAUUGAAAGAGAAGAUAUAAAGCCUCUUAAGAAGGUCAGUCAUUCUUCCCCAGAACAACCUUCAUGGAUGGAACUUGCCAAAAAGAAAUCUCAAGCUUGGAGCGACAUGCCUCAGAGGAUAAAAUAGAGUGUGCAUUUUUAUGCAUAAUAGUUGUUCUAGAUUUUUUUUUUAUUGGGCUAUGUUAAUUGAACAGAUAGUUAAUCAUGAAAUCUAUUAUGUUGGCCACACAUUUGUAUUCUUAACCCACUGUGUAGCAGUGAAGAUUCUGCUAGAAAGCUAAUGCUGGGCUCUUUGUUUUUUGCUUGGAAAAAUAAUCUGUUGCAGAUGAUGUUGCUUAUCUUACAUCUUCUUUGUUUCUUUCCCCUCUGCAAAAUGGUUUGUGAUGGAUAAGCUUUGGAAUAUUUACUAACUAUUGGUUUACCAUUGUUUUGUUACCUUGUAACUAAUCUUCCUAUCAAAGUUCUUCCUCCCACUUUUUUUGAGUUAUGAAACUAAAUUCUUUCGCAGAAACACACAUGUAAAACAAAUGAUGUUAGGUUGAUAGAUUAACAGAAAAUUAAAAAAUGGUAGCAUUGUGGUGUAAACAUGGAAAUAGACUGGAAUGCUAAUUUAUUCUCUGGACUGAUUCAGUCACUACUACUUUCUCCCCACUCCCCAAACCUCUGCACACUUUUGGGUCAGGAUCAGAACCAAGCGUUAGACGUAUGUGCUACUUGACAAUACCUAAGAAAGUCAUGACUCCACUAGAAGAACCCUCAUUUAUUUGAACUCCAAAUAGGUAGCAUAGUUACAGGAAAAGGGAGAAUCUGUAUUCAAAAAUUCAAGAUCUCCUGUUGCAGUUGUUGAUUGGAAGAAAGAGCACACAUGCUUGAUUUUUCCACAUCUAGUUGACUAGUGGGCAUUCAGUAGCGUCUGAACAGCCCCAUGAUUUCAAUUCCUAAACUGAGCUGACAAGGAAUUUAUAUCCGGGAUGAGGGAUAUGUUGCCCUUCCAGAUGUUGCUGGCUGGGAACUCCCAUCAUUCCAGAUCAUGGGCCAUACCUGCUGGGGUUGGCCAAUGGGGAGUUGGACUCCCAACGACAUGUAGAGGUCCACAGGUUCCCUUCUCCUGAUCUACAUCUAUGUCAAAAAUUAGACCAGGCACCCCCAAACUCGGCCCUCCAGCUGUUUUGGGACUACAGUUCCCAUCAUCCCUGACCACUGGCCCUGUUAGGUGGGGAUGAUGGGAGUUGUAGUCCCAAAACAGCUGGAGGGCCAAGUUUGGGGAUGCCUGAAUUAGACACUGCUUUUACCUCCUUUUCGUAACCGUAUCCUUUUCUAAUCUAGUAGCUCCGUUGCUGCUCUUACACUUUGGAGAAACGACCUCAUCCAUGAUAUUGAAGGCUGGUCAUAAUGCCUGCCGGAGUUUGCACAUUUUAAAGUUAUGCACAGCUGUAAAAAAGAAAAGCCAAUUUCACACAGAUGUAUAAUAUCACAACAGAAAAUUCAAGACAAAACUAGCUGAUGCUACUUACUUUCUUAUCUGCACAGUUGGGGUAAUCAGCCCGUGAAUAAAUGCAUAGCCGUUGGAUUCAGGGUCAGAGGGGGAAAAAGACCAAACUUCAGUCCCUAGUAAGGAGAUAGUUGGCAAGCUUUGUUUAUCUAAGGAGAAAAUAUUACUUUGUCCUUCAUUGUACACUGAUAAUCCAAAAUUGCCUGGAUGAGUGGCCUUUAUUCUGCCCUCUUUUUGCAUGCAUGUUCAAUAUACAUUUUCAGUUAUGUUACAGAUGAUCACUAGGAUUUUGUUAGCAUGUGAUGUAAUGCUGGAUAUAUAUUUUUUCCUGCUGCUGUUACUUUAGGUGCCUUUUGAUGUGUAAUAAAAUGGAUACCAUGUAAAACAUCUUUCCACAGCAACAAAAAUAACCAUUGGAUUUUAUACAUAAGGUACAGCCUAUUCCGUAUUCUUGAAGGUGUGGUAUCAGUUAAACUGAAUCUAUUGAGUAUCUUGCAGUAUUGCAGAAAGGCACUAGAUAGGUGGCAGAGUUCAUGCUUUGUUUGUGCAAGGCUCAAUGGUCACUUGGGCAGCAAUCCUGGUUCUCUCAUGUGGCAAACAGAGGCUCAGGCCUUAUCUAUGUAUGUACACCAAGCACCUUAGAUAAGCCACCCACGUAAUUCUGAAAACAUGGUGUAUGUCUGUGGGUUUUAUUACCACCUUUCGCCUAACCUGCUUUAACUCCCAAGGUAGUGUGCCAUGCAUGGAGUGUUUACAAAUGUUUUCAGUAUGUCUCAAGUCCAUGAUUUUGGGGUUGAGCAUCCUAAACAGGAAAGCCCACUCAAAGUGCAUGCUUCUUGUGAUCAUCAGCAAUAUUCUUAUUACAUGCCACCGAAAGAGGGACCAGGGAUGCAAAUGGUAAAUUAUCAGAAAGCAAUAGGAGUACAUAAUUCCAAGAAUGUGGCUGUGUGCAUACUGCAUUCCACAGAAAGCUUCCACUUUAAAAAAACAAAACAAAAAACCUAACCCAAAUUCCCUGUGAAUAUCUGAACCCUGGGGAACUGUGGCUUUGUGUAAACUACAGCUAGUGAGAACUCAUAGAAAUCAUGGUUUGAUCCAGGCUUGUUCUCACUAGCUAUACUUUAAACAAAGCCAGAGUUUCCUAAGUUCAGACAUGCUUUUGGUCUCCUCCUCCUAGCAUGUGAAAGAGGAUGGAGUGUGUGAGCCUGAAGUUUGUCCAGGUUCAUUUGUGUAGUGGGAAACCAUGGUUUACUAUUAUGUUCGCACCGAGCCCUAGACUUUUCAACAUUUUAAAUGCAUAUUUAAAGAUGCCUUUGCUUUUGGAAAUUGUUCAGAUAUUGACCUAUAGUUGAGCUUUAUUCCAAAGUACUAGGACAAUGUUGAUACUAUGUUACUUUUUGCAUAUCCUAUGUCAGCCAAAUUUUGGCAAACAGGACAUACAGUACUAAUCUAUAUAUUUGCAGUGAAUAGAAUGGCUUGCUUUCUAUAUCUACUACAAGGAAAAACCUUGCAAGGAAUUUUAAACUGCAUUUUAGUUUAGGAGCACUGCAGUGGACUAUCUACCAUGUUCUGUUGUUUAAUGCACAUGCAUUUUCUAUCACAUCUUCUAAAGAAAUGCAAGGCAGAGGUCAGUCAUAAGCUAUGUCUACAAAGCAAGUAACUGCUACUUAAAUCGCAAUAAAAAUAAUGAAAGUCAAAUGCUAAAGGGUCCGUCCCCCCCCCCCCGAGCAGAAAUGAUGUACUCUGUAUUAACUACAGCAUAUGGAGUAAAAUGCAAGGCUAAUUUUAGACGGAGAACACUUCUGGUUUAAAAUAGUUUUGUAAUAUGUAAACUUAACUGUGAGUUGUGUUUUUUAAAAACAUUGUAAAUCUUGCUUUGAUUUUUAUGACUUGCACUAUUUCUAAUUUUUGCUUCUCCGUGUAAUGUUAACUACCUUAACUUUACAUCUCUGCAAUGUGCUGCACAUGCUGAGCAUGUUUACAUGGUAGUAAAUCCUAGUAAGUCGCAUGGGACUUACUCACUAGUAAUCCAUGUUUAGGAUUGCAGCCUUAGUUUUUUUUUAAUGUCGACUAAAUUAUUUUUAUUGUUUUGUAUAGAGAACUGCAAUAAACUCUUGAGUCCAGAG